ACCGUUCGGGCCUACGAUAAUGGGUUACGGAUAACGGCCCCGCAUACGAAAUAAUACAAAUUGAACGAAAUAUAAACAUAAGUGUACCGCAUAAAAUUUCGGUCGGAAGCGAAAAGAAAAAAAAAAAAAAACGCCACAACCGCGAGUUUGAAAUUCCGCCCGAACACGAUCGCGACAAGCAGUCGUCGCGCGAAUACGCCGCACGAAUAUCCGACGCGGCGCGAUCCGGACAGUUCGGAAACAGUACGCGCGAUAAUAUCGUCGUUGACAUUGUUCCAUACAUGGUAUGAUGACCAUGAUGUACGGAUCGGAAAAAAUGAUGGCCGGCAAACCGCCGCUGCCCAUCUCAGCCACCGGGCCGUGUUUUCCCGGUCGGUAUUCGCCGACGUACCGAAAUUCCGCGGAUCCGAUGCGCAGAUGUAUGGCCAACCCGUCGGUAAGUCCCGCAACACUACCUGUAUAAAUAUUAUUGUAUACGAUUGAUAAAUGUUGCGUGUUUUCUCUUCUUCUCUUACGUGUGCUCUAUUAUUUACCGGGUUUAUGGCGUAUUAUCGUUAUGUCCAAAGGGCAAAUCACUAACGGAAAUCGGUUUGCAAGUGUUUGAUAAUCAUAUGGAAAUCUUUGGUGUUGUGCACGAAAUCCUGUAUGGGAAAUCUCGAUAAUUACCGGGAAAAUCAAAGUAUUCAAGAACCCGGUGUACAUAAUACUAAACAGUGAUUUUCCCUCUGGUUAUAUUUAUGGGCGUCCGGGAAUCGGGCCACAAUGAGUCUUUUUUCAAAAAGGUGUACGGUGAUCGGACCACUGUUUUAAACGAUUUUUUAUCAUUGAAUUCGGUAAUCGGGCCACUAUAUUUCAAUAAAUUUUAGAUUUGACAAAAGCAAAUCUCUAUUCAACACCGAUAUUUUAAACCAUAUUAUUAUUUUUUCCACGAUCACAAAUUAAAAUUUCUCAUUUGUUCGUUAUAAUCGAUUUAUGUCGACGGGACUUUCGAAUACUGUGGCAAAGCAAUCUGUAUCACGUUAUUUUUUUUUAAAAAAAAAGAUAAUUUAGUCGAAUAAUUUUAUAUUUAUUAAAGAAUAAAAAAAAAAAAACUGAAUGUAAUUACUAUCGUAUAUGAGAAAAAAUUAAUAAUUAUUUGACUAAUUUUAUAGGUAUUGUGUUAUGCAUUUUAAUACAUUUAAAAUUAUAUAUUUUUGUGUUAAACGUUUGCGGCCCAAUAAAAAUAUACCUUUUAUUUGUGGCCUAAUACCCGGGUAAUAAAAUGUACGAAAAUACUGUUUACGAAGCUGGUAGAUAAAACGUGUUCCGAUUCCCGACCGCCCAUAUUCAUAUGCGAGCAUAACAUACAUAUGCAUUUGUUAGUACCGGUGUGUAUAUUGUAUGCAGUCGGUAUUGCUAUGCGCGGCAUACACGCAAUUUCGAACCGGUCCGUUUUCUUUUGUUUAUUUGUUCCAUUUCAGAAAUUCGUCCCGUUAUCCCAUCUGAUGGGUUACAACAAUAUAAUAUACGGCCCGCCACAACGAAAACCGUCGUAUCUCCAUUCAGGUCGCGUGUUUUUUCAGGACCGACCGCGAAAAAGAUCGCAUCAAGUACUCUUCCAAAGAGAUUAUAGUUAUAUAGAUUAGAAGUCGGAAAAAGUGAGAUACGACCUUUUUCGAUUAUCAAUAAGACUAUACGAGAUUAAAAGUUGGACCUUUUUCGUUGCCGCCGGCGAUAUACGAAUGUUGUUAUGCUCGCCUGAAAAUAUACCGAACACGAACAAAAAGUUUUACAUCGAAAUCAAAACGACGAGGGAUGUGUUAAAAUGUUUUUAGCCAUUUGUUAAAAUGCGAAAACGUUAUUCACAAUAAUUUGGAUUAAUAAUAAUUUACGGGUGAAAUUUCCGCGAGGGGUUUUACUCCCGAUUAUUUAUUGAAGCUUUUACGGUUAGCUGAGAACGUUUAGCGUUAUAUUACCUAAACCACGAUAAUCAUUAUCACGAGGACAUAAUCACGAUAAUAUCGUUUCAGAGAGGCGGGGAAGGGGAAUGAAAUUCGACUUUGCUAAGAUACUUAAAGUUUAUACCUACGCACAUUGCAUAAUAUUAUGCAAAUUAUGAUUUCGAGAGGGGGCGAACAACCCCUCCACGAAGUCGUUGUUCACCCACGACGUGCGGAUCGCGAAAAUAUAAGUAAACAACGUCUUAGAAUGGCUUAUGCUUUUAUAUGAUGUUAAAAUUCCAUAAAAAAACACAUUGCGUAAAAACACAAUCAAGCAUAUUCUAUGUGGUUGACGUUUUUUAAUUUGUUUGGUACUCAAAAAUCACACCUGUUUUAUUUUCGAAAAAAUCUAAAUUAGAAAACUAUAUGUUUAAAGAAUUUAAUAUAUUGCUAGACGAACAAAUAACAUCGCGUUAAAUAAUUAAUAUGUAAUUAAUAAUUCUAACGUUGAUUUAAUUAAUAUUUUAUUGUAAAAUAAAAAAACGUAAUGGUUUUUUUAAGAUUCUGUGAUCUUAGAAUUCCCGAGAAGUGUUAGUUUUAUUAAGAUGUUUGAUUUUUCUCGGAACACACUUUUUCGAUUAGUCUUAAUAAUAUACAUAGAUUUUGUCAAAUCAUAUAUUUAAUGAUACAGAUUUUUCGGGAAAUUCCUAAUAUUUUUUCAAAAAAAACUUUUUAAGUUAUUUUGUAAUCACUUUCUUGGUUAGUCAAAUAUUCCAAUUUAUCCUAUUUGUAAUAUUUGAAAAAUUAAACAAGUGUUUUUUUCUUAACAAACACUUUUUCGGUUAGUAAAAAUACUCCAAAUUAUUUGCCGAUUUUUUUGCUAAAUAGCAUUUUUUUUUGGAAAAAGGUCUAAAUAUUCCUUUAGAUAUGAUUUGAUUGACAAUUCUUUAAUUCUAAUGUGUUAAAAAAAAAACACAAAUUAUGAAUAAUAAUAAAAACAUAUUUGUAAGGAUAACAUUUCACAAAAAGGUUUUGUAGGUAACUGUUUUUUUUUUGAUAACAAUUAUCAUCUUUAAUUUUUUUCGUUUUUGUUUAAAAACUCUAAAUUUACCCAAAUCGCCACGAUUAAAGUUAUUUGUGGUGCGAUUCCUUCCGUUGAAUACGCGGAGACAGCUAAACUGCAGUGAGUUUAACGUCCUCUCAAGUUUUAAAAGAUGUAAUAUUAGUAAAAUGGACAAUUGAAGACAACUACGUUUUAAUACGAGAUUGCGUGUAAUUUGCAAAAAAAAAAAAAAAAGCAUUUGUGAAAAGACCGAAUUUUCCCUUACCUAUUUUGUAAACUGGAAAUAUUCUUUAAAUUUCUUCGUUUGAAACAAUAAAUAAACAAAUACUAUUAUAUAAUACAAUAUUAUUCUGUUUUACAACUAUAAUACUUUAAAAAAAAAAAAAAUAAAAAUAAAAAUAAAAAAAAUGGUUAGAGCAAAGGUUGAUGUUGAAACAUCUAAAACGCUCAUCUUUGAUACAAUACGAGUACUAAUUGCCACGCACACACAAAAUCCCUGGCUUUAUUUGGGCGAUCCGUAUAGAUUUUCAAAGCAACAAAAUACCUUUUGUCAUAUCAACAUCAAUGAUCGUUAAAUUUCUAUUAAAAUGCAAACACUUCAAUCACUGCGGUCCGCCUAUAAAAUAAUAAUUUUAAUUCUUGAGUUUGAGCACAUUUGGUGUAAAUAUAGACGGUAAAAGCGCAUGAAAAAGUAGCGGGUACACUAUACAUAUCUAUGCCACACACAAUACAACGCAAAAGUGUCUAUUUUCGUGGAAAAUUCGAUAAAAACAUAAAUCUGCAGUAUUUCUAAUCCACAAAAACCGUUUAUAACCCAAAACAAUUUAAUGCGUUUGACGUAUAUAUUUUCCAAAAUGAUCACGUACCUAUAAUGUAUCUAUAAACUUUGUAAUAUGAAUCCAUCGUACUAUACAAUAUCGAAUAUUAUUACUUUUAUUUUUAACGCAAAGGAUUGAUGCAAAAUUCUUUAUAUAUAUAUGUAACAGUUGUUUUAUAUCAAAUAAACGAUUCAUUUAUCGUAUAUAGUGAUUUGAAGUUUGAACAUGUGUAAGAGAAUCGUGUUAUUUUAUUUUCGCGCGGAUCGCGUAUUAUUUCCAACCAGACACGAGCAUCCAUAUCGUAUACUUAUAUAAAUUUAAUAUUAUUAUCAUUGAAUAGUUUGGUAUAGGUAUCCAUCUAAUAUCUUUGAAAUAUAAUUUUAUAUAUAUGUUUCCAUUUUCUCUCAAAGGAAAUCAAAGAACAUUUUCUUUCGUCGAAACAUCGAUUUAACUACCGGUUAUUUGUUAUUUAUAUCCACUAACAUUCUGUUAUUUUUUUUGUUCGCGUAUUUCGACAGGUCAUAAAAUCCAUUCACGUGUAUACUGUAUAGUAUAGUAUACGGGUACAAUAUCGAUGAUUAAAUUAAAUAUCUACAAUUACCUUUACUGGUAAAUAAGGUAAUUUCACAGUCGACAGACAACGCGCGAAGUUUGUCCUGAUUUUUUAUUAUAAUAAAUAGAUAAUAUUGCGUAGGUGUUUAAUAUUUAUAGUUGUCAAAAUAUAAACUCCCAAGUUUACAUCAUGUUAUUAUUUAUAUUUGAUUUUUGAUGUAUUCAAAUUAAACGAAUAUUUAAACACAUUAUAUUAAUAUUUAUCAUAUAACCUAAAUAAUAAUUAAAUCUAACUUAUAAAUUCAAAAACCACGUUUCUUUAUAUGAAAACCAAUAAUUAUUAAUUUAAAACAUAACAUAAUUAUUGCAGUAUAUUUGAGUGAAUCAUUUUUUCAAAUGUGAUAAAAGUGAAAAUACAACGAAUUCAAACUGUAUGAUACAUUACGAGUAAAUUCUUUUUAGUGAUUUAAUCUUAAUCAUUGGAUCGGGGAUUUGAAAAUUAAUAAACUAUAAGUUAUAAACUUAUAACUAAAUAAAUAUAGAUAUAAAUAAAUGUGAACAUUUUUUUGAAUAUUUUAGAUCGGAGUGGAAGUGGUUUUUUUUUCUCGGAACACUCGCACUUUAUAAAUUCCACGAUAAGAAUCUUUUUUCGAACGCGUAAUAAUUGAACGAUGUUUUCGACAUUAAAUUUGAAAAAAAAAAUUGCUAUUGCUGACAGUUUUGCCACUGUUACAGGUGAGGAGUUGUGAAGUAGGGAUGUAGAGUUAUUCAAUAUUUAUAUCUAUAUUCAACGAUAAACCAUUGCUAUCGAAAAACGAUUCUAAACAAAGUAUUAUUAGUCGUAUAUUUUUUCUUGUUUAACAUGUUCAGUUCAAAAUGCUUUGAAAUGCCGUGAUGUUAUUGAUUUUUGAGUUAUUUUCAGAUUUAUUUUGCGCUCAUGCAAAAUUGCUAAAAAUUAAACCAAAUUUAUAUAUUGUAAACCCGGGUAUAAACCAAGAGAGUUUAUACAAAGAAAAUGGGGUGAAUAUAAAAUUAUAAAUAACUAUUAAUUACUUCGUUUAAUUAUAAUUAUUAUUUUUUUUUAAUAACAUGCGCAUGAACUCAAAAUCAAUGACAAACACGGAAAAGAAAUUGAGGGAUUUCGAAAACAAUGUUUGGAGAAAAAUGUGUGACUACUGAUUCAGUAACACAGGAAUGAUGUAUAGUCACAGGGACGAAAGUUUGAACCGUGAAACAUAAAUUUAAACAAUUAUUUGGAUCAGUUAAAAAUAUAGCUACAUGAAAGGAGAAAAGGAAGAAAAAUGUUAAAAAAAACUUUAUACCUAUAUAUACCCGUCGACUUACAUUGUUUAGAUGGUUGCGGUUUUCGUGUUUCACGGUUUAUCGUUUUAAAACUUAAAGAGUUGUCAAAGUUUAUAAUUCUGUAUGUAUAAUAAUGAAAAUCACGUUUUUUCCUUCAAAGUUAGAACGCUUUUGGAUUAAAAGUUAUUUAAAAUAUUAAUAAUUUAUAUAUUAUAUACAUGGUGUAGCUUAAUAUCGAUGACGCAAAAAUGGUAUACAUUUAUAAUUAAUUAUAUACUACGUACAAGUAUUGUUAAUAACUAAUAAAUUAUUACUUUUAAGCAAAUCGAUAAUAUUGAAAAAUAUCGUUUUAAAAAAACUCCGAGAAAUAUUUGAAAAAAACAUUUGUUCAUAAUAUUAUAUUCUUAUAAAAUACAAGGACACGAACACAUUAAGAUUAUGUAAUCAGGAAUACACUGAACUAGCGGUGAUAAUGGAUUAUAUUCAUCAACACGUGAGUUCAAAAUCCAUUUAUUAAUAAUUCAAAUUGUACAUUCAAUGUUUUAUAUGAUAAUGUUACUAUUGGGUGAAUAAAUACUCGAGCGGAUCAAUCGGGUUUUCUUCAUUGUCGUAUAACAAUCAUACAAUUUACGGCCGUCAAGUUACCGGUAACGUCGGUUUGGUUUAAGUAAUCUGUCAUGGCGUCUCAACGACUGGUAGUUUUAGCCGAUCUUGAGAGGAAUAUUACGUAUAUUAUGAAGGGGAUAUAAAAAAAAAAAAAAAAAAAAAAAAAAACGAAAAAUCAAUCAGUGUCGGUAAAGCGCAGAAGGCCUACGUAAAGGGAGGGGAUAAGUGAUAAGAUUACUUAAUAUUCGCUGUGGAAAUUAAACGAGUCUCUGCGAACAUGACAAAUCGAUCUCAGAACGGAAAGUGUAUACUGUUAAUAAACGGUUAUGUUAUGGAUUCAAUAGUUGGGUUUAUUCAUACGUUUUCAAAUCAACGAUAAAAAUUAUUAAAACGAAACAGAUUAGUAACGUUUUGUCUUUUGUUUUUUUUUAAAAAAUUUUUUACGCUUUUGAUAAAAAACAAUUUUCGUACAAGCGACAAGUUCGGUAGGUAGGCAUUCAUAUUUGUAAUUAAAAAACAUGUUUGUAUUUCGAACGAAAACACACACCGGCCGGGUCCGGGGUUAUCGCGCGCAUCGGUGUCACCGCCAAAGACACACACAUAUAAUCCCGUGACACCCGAACAACAUUCUUUCGUGUUUUUAGGUUUUCUUUCGUUCUUUCAUGUGAUAAACAUAAACAAAAACCAGUUCGUACCUACCGCCGUAAAUGCGUACGACAAUGCAACGGUUACAUGAUAGACAGUUCCCGAAUUCCGUCCCGGGCCGGUGAACUGUUCGGAUUCCGGGCCGCGCUGGAGCGACUUGGUCCGGAUUCGGUCGCUCGCGGCUAUCCCCGGCAGCCCGGAUUCACUCGGCACAGUGAUAAUUCCCAUCGCAUUUUCUCCGGGCCCGGGGCCGACCGCCAUGCCAGCAGCGCGUUUAGAAAAAAAAAAAAAUAGUAACGCUUUACUUCGCGGGCCCGCGUAUGUCGGGCGCAAAAACGCUCAUCCAAUUUUUCCCUUUAUUUACCCGAUAUUCAACAAAAGAACCCGCGAGUCGGGCCGCACAAACACCGUCGUGUUUUUCGAGUUACUUCAUUACCGUGGUGUUUGUUACGGCAGGGACGGAAUUCGCACGUAGCCGCACAAUAGUGUACAUUAUAUAAUUAUAGAAAAUCGCCGUUUACAAUGAGUUAUACAAUAUCAUUGUAGACGUUUUUUCAUUUUUUUAUAAAUAUAAACUUAUUUCCUGGUUAGCCAGCCGUACCUCGAAACAACAUGACGAAACGAAAUCGAAAUAUUCUCCCGUGUUCGCGCGGCGGGUAAACAAAUUAUCCGUCGAACAUAAAAUAUCGGAAAAAAAAAAAUAAGAUUUUCUCGUAUACAGUUAUGUUAUCCGUAUAAUUUUUUUUUAUCGAACGUCAAUAACGUUUUAUUAUACAUGCUCGUAUAAAUGUAAUAUACGUUUAAAUAACAUCAAGUAUACCGUCGCGGUUAUUGUUUUUUGUUUUUUUAUUUUUUUUUUUUAACAAUUCAACUAUACAGUCAUCAUAAUAUAAUAAUAAUAAAAAAAAAAAAAAAAUACGCGUAAAAAAAAAUAAUAAUCAUAAUAAUAAUACUACUAAACGCCUCGCUACAUAUGACUUUUACGAGAGUGAAAAUACACCGGCUAUAUAUAUUUAUGUAUAAGUUAAACGAGUCGUGUUUCGUGUGCUGUUCGACAUGGCGAAGGGUAAAAAUGUAUACGCGCGUGAAAAGUUUUGUAUUUAUUUGCGAACUUUCGUCCGUAUGUACCUACCUAUCUAUAUGUAUACAUAUAUAUAUAUAUAUAUUCGUUUAUCGAUUUCGACCUCGUAUACCUACGUAAAAAAAAAAAAAAAACCAAACACACAUCACGCAUCAGCAGCAGUAUAUAUUAUAUGCUUCGCUAUAUGUCUGCGUUAUUAUUAUGAUUAUGAUUAUUAUUAUUAUAACGUAGUAGGUAUAUAUUUGAGGGGACGUAAAGUUUUCCGUUUGCGAAACAUGCAUCAAUAUAUCCGUAUAUUAGUCCGUAUUACGUGCCCGCACAUUUCCCGCCGUUAGAUGUACAAUAAUUUUGCACGUAAGAAAUGCGGGGCAUUUUUUAAGAAGGUUAUUUCUAUGUUCAGAUGCGGGACACACAGUUUGCAUAAAGUCUAUUACGGGAAACCUAGUAGUAGUGGCGGCGUGAAGUUUUUGUUCCUCCCGUGAAGCAGUUUUAGUAAACGUAAAAUUGCAAAUAACUAACCAACCCAAUCCCAGAAGAAUCAGAAGCCGUAUACUGAGGCUAUGCUAUAGACUUAUUGUAGUUCAUCCUUUUCGUUAACAUAUGUUAUGAUAAAAUAUCACACAUCCUGCCGUCCAUUCAGUUAGUUAGAUGAUGAAGCAGCUGCUUUAUAACGAUACCCAUUCACGUCCCCGUGCAACAGUAAGAGAUUUUGCUUACUGUGUGUCCACUAAAAAAUAAAUGGUAAAUGUUUGAAAUAGUAGAUUGUGUAACAACACAUUUUAUUUUAUUUACCAGUAUAAUAGUGAUCUCAUUGUAUUGUAUCAGUUUAUCGAGUUUCACUUGGAAUUAUUAUUUUAAUGCAAUCAUUGAUAAUUACCGUUGCUAUCAGUACGUACAAACUAGUUAUAAAUUACCCUAUGUAUAAUAUAAAUGGUCUACUAACGGUGCGAAACUGCGAAGCAUGUCCAGCAUUUUUUUAGUUAUUUACUGUCACGUUGAUCCGUAUAAAUACGUAUACGGUGACAACAUAUUAUAUUUCACAGACUAGACAUAUAUUUAUUAUUAUUCGCGUUUAUUUUUUAUUAUCCUAUAAUAUAAUGGUGUAAAAAAAAAAAAAAAAAACACCUACACUCGUCCAUCACGUAAUAUUGUAAUUUUAUUCCGUUAAAAGAGAAUAAAAUAUUAAGUAAUCAUAUGAAUAUAUUAUGCUACACAAUUAGUUGGGUUGUGUGAAUUGUGUGACGUGUUGUAUCGCACAAGUCUCUAUACGUACCUCGGUUGAUUUAGAGUUACAAUUUUUUUAUGAUGAUGAAUACAUAUAAAAAUGUAUACGAGUAAAUAAUGUUGAUUAACAUGGAAACCUGCAGGAGAAUAAUUAGUACGUAAUAAUAUAUUGCUGCAUAUUACGUAUGUAUAUCUAAAGACCAUCGCCGCCGUCUAGCUACAGCACAGUCUACAACGGGAAAAGAAUUUCAUCGACUCAUUAUUUAUUUAAACAAUAAUAAUACAUAAAAGUAUAGGUAUCGGUAUGGUUCUUGCGACUGCAGCAAUACCUAUAAUUUAUAAAAAAAAAAAAAAAAUAUACAUUUGUAUGCGUAUAGGUAUAUGUAUAUAAUUAUUUAUUAUGUAUAAAUACUACAUGAGCAAGUAUAGAAUUUUAUAAGCUAAAUAGUUAGUGUAUAUAAUAUAAAGUACGAUUGCUGCGAUAUGUUUUAAAAUAGUAUUAUAUACUUAAUAUUAUAAAAAAUGUAUAGGUUAUAAUAAUAGACUAUAAUUUUAAAUACUGCAGAAAAUACGAUUUAUUACGUUAAUUUUUUUUUUUUUUUUAUUGACAUUCUUUUUUUAGAUUCGAAAGGAGGGAAGCGAUUUUAAGUAUAGAACUAUAUUACGGUGGCGUAAAUAAGAUUGCAAAAAAAAAAAAAAAUAAGCAAACCUAAAAUUGAUAUGUUUGUCCGUUGAUUUCUUUAACUAAAUUUAAAAAUAUACUAAUAAUUAUUGAAAAAAGAAAAUAAAUUACACACCUACAUGAUAAAGUACCUAAAUAUAACUUAAACACAAUAUAUAUAAUAUAUGAAACUGUUAAAAUAAAAAUUUAAAAAUGGCAAUUUAGGGUAGUAUGGCUCCCAUGCCUCCACCCUCCUGGCUACGUUACUGAACUAUUAGUAUUGCCUGUGCAUUUUAAUACUGAGUUAUUUAGUUUUUAGAUUCUAAGUGAUACGAAGAAGCUAUAUAUUAUAGUUUUACUACAAAAUAUUAUGGGUCUUAAACGGUAUAUAAUAACUAUAAUGAUAAACAAGAUGAUAAAUUUUCCUCUCGGAAAAAACUUUCAACAAAUGUCGAUAAAAUUAUUACUUUUAUUUUUAUGGAUCCUACCAUGGCUACGAAGAAAAACAUGACUCCAACCUUUGCAGUUUAUCACAUAGAAUCAUUUUUUGAUUGUAAUGAUUUGUCGUUGCUCUCGGUACCUAUAUAAACUGUAAUAGAUACUACUUAUCUUAUAAUACCUUCAAAACUUCCCACGUACAAGUAUACAUACAGUAGAUCCUAGACACGGUGCGUAGUAUGUCCGGUUUUAUUUUACAUAAUAAUUUCCUCCGUCAAAUGUAUCAGUGUAAUGGUUGAAAAAAAAUAUAAUCAGAUUGGUUAAAACUGUUAAAAGAGAUAAUUUCCAAUGUUUAUAUAAGUUUAUAUACGAGCAGGUGAGGAGGUAUACAUUAAAUAUAACAAUUCGCCACAUACUGCAAGUUUAGGUAAUAGAUCGAACGUGUUGAUUUCUUUAGAUUUAUAUAAUAAUGUAUUAUUGUGUAUAGUGUUGAUUGAAUGAAGAGAAUUGCGUUGGUUAAGUGUAAUGAAUACUGUAUAAUAGCCCCUUCGCAUCAUUGAGAAUUAUACUCUUCAAUAGUUAAUUUUCCUAAUCUAACCUAACAUUAAUAAUACAUGCAGCAAGAUACGAAACAAAUAAUAUUUAUAUCGUGAUUAAACGUUUAAACGUACCUAUACAUAAUACGUAUCCAUGUAUAAUAGCCGAUAUAAUUAUAUUUCUUAUUUUAGAAUAUAUUUCUUUUCGCAUGAAGAUAUAGAAUGAUACCGAAAUGAUCCGUUUUUGAAAUUACUAUAAAAUAGGGGUCUGCUUAUUCCAUAUAUUAUUUUCUCUCCAUCCGCGGCUGUAUAAUACGAGUAUGCUCCACCGUUUGUACGUGAUGUGUUUAUAGAGACGAGUCGUCAUAUAUAUAUUUAUUUAUCUGUAAUACACACCAACCAUCAUGUAUAAUAUAUUAUUCGUUUUAACCAAUCAAGACGACGAGUUUUUUUAGCUUUAUAAAUCCAACGGAAACUUUAUGUACGACAUAAUACAUUACACAUUAUAUGUACCUAAGCUAUCUCCAAAUAACACCUUCGGAAGCCAACAAGGUAAACAUUUAAUAUUGCCGGUGUAAUAUUUUACAGGUACAAAUAUAAACAGUAUUUAAUUGAAACUGAUUUUUGUGGAAUUUUUUAUCGCGUCUGUAUGUAUACCUGUUAUAUUAUAUAUUUUUUCCAGCCACUCUUAGACACUUUUAGCUGUUCCUUCCAUACAAAAUCGAAUUAAAUUCUGGAAAAAAGUUUUUUUUUUUUUUUUUUUUUAUAGGCGAAUUAAAGUGACAAAUGAAUUGAUUGAAUUUCAAUACAAAUUUCACCGUGUUGGUAGGAUGUUUUGUACUUUGUAUACCCUAACAGAUCCCCCGAAUGAAGCUCUGCACGGGAUGAAAUCUCGUGUAUGGUUUUAGUAUCGAGAAUGUGUCUUUUGGGGGUUUUAACUAUCAACUCCCAUUCUUACCAUUUUUAUGAUAAAAUUCUAUCAUUUCUUUAUAAAGCAGUAUAAUUAUAGUGUAGUAGGUAUAUAUUUGUAUUACAUUAUUAUUAUUAUUAUACUAAAGUAUAGGUAUCCGGUUAUUUGUUGUUUUGCUAAGUUCUAUAGUACAAAAUGGGUAGAGCAAAUUCGUGUCUUUUGAUCGAGCUCUGCCGCUCGCGGGCGUUUUUCUUAGCGAGGGGUACAGCGUUUUUAUCCCCGAAAACCCCCAACCUCCAACCACCCAUCUUAUUACAUCCGAUAAUAUUAUAGGUAUACCGCAGGCGCAGUAUUUAUCGUUGUAAGAAAAAUGACAUUAUAUUCCCGCAGCGAUAACGAUUUAUUAUUAAUGUACUGUAACCACGUAAUAAUAAUAUACACUAUUAACUUUCUCCGUGUGUGUCGUCGUUGAGUUUCGGGCAAAAGUGCGUUUACGGUUAAAAAAAAAAAAAAAUGUCAAUUGUUAUAAAAACGCGACAAGACGACGCGGCGAUGAGAACGCGCAAUUCGCAAUCGUUGACGGGCAUGAUGUCGUACAGACAGAUCGGGGGAACGUCUGAGGGGUGGACCCGCGAUGAGCGGCGAUGUACGCGGUGGAUCGCAGGCGGUGCGACGGGGUAGGUCAGAGGGACGCGGCGGAGGGACGUGCCGCGGGGCAUUUACGUUAAACCGCCACUUGCGUACGCAACGAUCAAUUUGCGGCGUCCCGAUAAAAACGUCGCGUAUAUAAUAUACGGCCGUGCGCGGGGCACGGGCAGCACACGCAGCGGCCGGCCGACGACCGAACGGACGGACUUCGGCCGGCGGCGCGCGGCGGGGCGGGUGGACGCGGCAGCAAAUGGCGCCCGAGAUCGAUGACGGAGAGUCCCACGCGCGCCGCUCGUCAAUUGGUCCAUCGGCGCUCCACCCCUCCGCUCGCUCGCCCGCGGACGGCCGGCGAGGCGCGCGCGGCGGCGGCGGGACACUCCAGGCGUUUCGCGCGCGCUCCCCCCCCCUACUCCUCCCCGCCGCCGCCGCCGCCGCCGGGCCGGCGAGUGCCGGCGGUGGGCCGAUGCCGCCCAUAUAAUAACGCGCGCGCGAAUUGGUUUCCGUGACCGGAGUGCACAAACGGUCGGUCGGCCGCCUUUUAAUAUACGCCGCGGCCGAAGACGCGACGGGUCGACGCGGUUAAGGAGAACAUCGCCGUGCCGGUUAGCAGCGGUGCGGUGGGAGGGGCGGUGGUGUCGAACGGCAGUGGGUCGGGAACGCGGGGAAUUUAUGCGGACAAUGCGCGUAAACGGUUUUCGGUAUUCCGCACGUGUGCCCCCGAGUCGGGUUUUCCAAUUUAUUAAACGAUAAGCGCGCGGACGGUCCACCCGCCGCCGCCGCGUAUAAAAUACCAUGUACGUAUACACACUUCCGGUCGCGACGAGCGAAAGCGGACGCGCCGCGUGAAUUGCAAUUUUCGUUUCUCCGUCGGUUUUUCCGUUCGACUGUGUACCGCGUUUAGAAGUAAAAAAAAAAAAAAAAAAACCAUACCUAAUACUAUUUUACGAUAUCACCACGCGGCGCACGUCGCGCCGCGUGCGCUGGCUGGCUGUUUGUUGCGAUUAUCAUUCGGGCUUGUGCUCUCGCGUGUAUAUUAUAGUAUUAUACGAGGUAUAUAUAUAUACACGAAUAAGGCGUACACACACACACACACACACAUAUAUAUACAUUCGCCAAAUACCUAUAAUACAUAAUACAUAAUAUAUAUGUGUACCUAAUACGGUUUGUAAAACGUUCGCAUCACUGCAGCAGCGAGAAACGCAAUCGUACUAAGUGACCGCGCACGGCUAUACAUGUAUACAUGCAUACGAUCCCGGGGAGGCGAUGCGUGUGCGCUGCGUAGAAAAAUGUGAAAUUUGAAUGCGGUAUAUGAUAUCCGGGAAGAAACUGUUUCCCACACCGCUCCCGCCAUUUACGAAUAGAGAAAAUGAAUAGAGAAAUGGGGAUAGUGUUGCGGAACAAACGCGCCGGAAGCGGACCGCUGCGGCAUAAAUAAACGCGCGCAUCAUACACGUGUAAAUAAAAUAUCCGUAACACGUGUACGAAAUUAUAGUGGCUCCCGAAGAAAAUUAAGUAACGCGCCGUAUAUGUUAUAAUAUUAUACACAAUAUGUGUUAUUUAUAAAAAGCUCAUCCAAAUUUAAUAUACACGGUAUCUAAAAUAAUCUAAUACGUAUAAUAAAUAAAAUGCAUGCGUUUGUACUGCGUAGUAUAGCGUGUACGCCGUGUGUAUACACCACCGUAAUGUAUAAAUGUAAAAAAAAGCGAAACUCCAUUUCAUUCGCCCACUGACUAAACACGAAAUCCCGAAAACUACUUGACCCAUAUGAAUGCGAAAUUCGGCGGGUCGAAGACGUCGCAGCUAAGAACGGAUUGUGUGACGGGGCCGAAUUAAGGGGGUCGUCGACAAACGGAGAUUUUCGUGAGGUUAGGUUAAGUAUUGGGUCGAAAACAACCGUGGAAAUUAUUUGAGACCCGAUAAAUAUGAUUUUCUUUACACUUCCUCUUUAGCCGUAAUUUCGUGUUUCACAGAGAAACAAACAGUUAAAAUAUUUCAACCGUUAUUGCGGGUAAUUUGUAAUUGAAAAGGCUUUCAUAUUGAGUUACAUUCAAAAUGAGUUGCACUCACAGUUUCAUUUCGUCGAGCCACGUCGGGCAAUUUUCAGCUAGUAAAAUACCUAGGAUAUACAUUACGAUGUUUAUUAUAGUGUAAACUAUAAAUUAGUUAUAUAUAAGGUAUCUACACACAGAAUCUGUGUCUUAGACAUUUUACGAUUGCGAACAAUGAAAUUCAAUAGUAACAAAUUACGUAGCACAAUAUUGUAAUUUUUUUUUAAAAAAAAUCAUCACAUCUGUCGUAUUGAAUCUAUAGAUCGGAGAAAAUAGAAAUGCAUAGAUCGUAACUAUGGAUAUAUUAUAUACACGUAUGUAUAACUGUGACGUGCCAAUGAAUUUUCAAUGAGAGGCAAUGUAUACUAAAUAAUAUGCACGAUUCACAUUAAUAAAUUUUAGUCUUCUUUAGCGUUAUGCCUAACACGGCUAUACGAAUUUAAAAGCCGGAUCCAAAACAGCCAGUAUUUUAUUCAUUAAAUCAAGGUUUUCCUUCCCCCUCCGCGUAACUCGACUGAAAUACAAAAUUACUGAAUUAACAAAUAAAUACUUGCAGUUAUUUUGUAUUGUGUCGAUUGGGUAAGUGGUAUAGCCCCCUCCUGCACGCGUCAUCGAUAAUUAGAAAUUAGGUGACACGUCAGUAAACACCGAUUAUCGGGCUCAAUAGAAACAUUCGUUUAUCGGCUUAUUGCAGGACUUAAACCGGCUUUAAACUGUAUACCUAUAUAAUAUAUAUGUAUGUACUAUAACAACGGUUAAUAUAGAAUUCAUUUUUUCAGACCGGUACUGUAUACCGUUAAAACAUGCGAAUUUUCCGUUUAUUUUUAUUUGACAAUUUAUUCGAAAUGCCUAAUAUUUUUUUCCGAAAAAUUGAUUUUACGUCAUUUUUUUUUUUCAAACAAAUUUUUGGGAACUAAAAUGUUUAUAUUUGUUCAUUAUCACCUUAAAAACGACGAACAUACUUCGCACGAUGGAUGGCCCACUGUUGCGAAGUGAGAAACUGGGAAGGUAGGAUAUACAGGAGAAUUUAAUGCAUAUCUGUAGGUACGCAACGAUAAAACAUCGCUCACAAAAACGACUCUGAGCGGAGUUCGGUUGUACAUGUUUUAAAAGGCCGUAAUAUUUACGAUUUUCUUUACAUUUUGAUAUUAAAAUUUGUGUUAAAAAAUUAAUUUUUAGUUAAUUUUUUUUUCAUAAAGUAUAACUUAUAAUGAAUCUCUUGUCAAAAGUUUCUGUUUGGCUAAACAAUUUUCUCCACAGAAUACCUAUCAAAUAAAAAUUACGUAAUAAUUUUCGAAUUAAAACUAUUUAUAGACAUAAAUAGCUCAAAUAUUUUUAAAAUUGUAUAGCUUCUAGAAAAUGCAAAUAUAAGUGUUCUGUCCAAAUUCCAAGUCUCUACAAAUAUUUUUUAACUGAACCACAAUGAAAAAACAAAAUUGAACGUAAUACAUUUCGUACAUUUUCCUAUUUAUCCUAUUUUUCCUAUUUUCUUUUUUCCUAUUUAUCAUGUAAUCCCAUUGGAAAAUCAAAAAAUAACUUCUCUAAAGUACCACCCAGAUAAAAUUUACUUUCAGAAAAGCUUCUAAACUUAAGAAUUAGAGUAAGUUUUCUGGUAGAAAAGUCUUUCACAGGAACAAAAAAAAAAUGAUCAAAAAUGUUUUAUCAUAUAUAUAUAUAUAUAUAUUAUAAAUUCACCUAUAAUUACCAAUAAAUCUUGACAUUGUCGAUGUAUUUUUGUUUUUGAUUCGAUUUAUGCGAAUAGUUCAUCCGAAAUAAAUAUUUGUCCGCCAAGGAAGAAAACCUCCACAAUUUUACGCUGCGAUAAUCUAUAAGAUUCCAUCAUAAAUUAUUGUUCUCAAGGCUCAACACAAAAUUUGUCACAAUAAUAAAUUUAUGUAUAACCGUACAAAGUUCAUAAAAAAAAAAACUCCCCCCAACAUUAUUAAUGGAACCGAAAAAUACGUAGAUAGGCACGCGUGAAAAACUGCCAGACGACGUAACGUUGCGAAAUUACGUCAGGUACACGGUAUGACCAAUAACAGAAUUGUGGCGUUUAGGUGGAAAUUACCCGCGUUGCAGGUAGGUACAACAGGCGGCGCGUGUUAGUUUCGCUUUCAAAUAUCCGUAUGUGCAGCAUAACGUAUUGUUUGGUUCGUCCGGCAUUUCAUAUAAGGGAAAAGCUAAAUGGGUACGCAAUCGAUGGGCGCGAUGUGCCCCGGAAAAACCGCGUCUUCCUCAUUAAAUCGCGUUGUCCGCAUCUGCAGUAGCGUGUACAUAAUACUAUGAACGCUUAAGGGGGGGGGGAAACCUCGAGGGAAUAAAAUCGACGUGGAAAAAAAAAAUUCGGGCGGUGAUAUUUCGUUACUCGCGCGUAUAUUUAUAUAUAUUUAUGUAUGUGUGUGUGUGUGUGUGCGCGCGCGUCUAAACACGUAUAAUACGUAUGAUAAUGUCAUUUCGCGUGUCGGGAUAAAUAAAAACGCGGGGGCCGAGAAAAAACGCGUCCGGUAAAACGUACGGGCAAUAAAGUCGAAUUACCGGCGGGGCACCCGGCGGCGGCGGUUCCCGUUCGUUCGCCCGGAGAGUGAUUGAUGUCGCCGUUGGCGGAGACGUUUAAAUAAUUUAUUAAUCGGCGCCCCCUCCCUCGUGCGCGCGCGGCGGAGUACCGUCGAAGACGCUGCCGCCGCCGCCGCCGCCGCCGAAAUCCGGGUCGUCCGUGUCUCGCGCUCCCCCCUCGCUGCCGCGACGUCCUGUCGGCGGAAUAAAUCUCCAUUUAAGAGUAACGAACGACCGCCGCCGUCACGAUUGCCGCGGGGCGGGCGGACGAGACGCUCGUUGCGUCCAAUUAUGCGCAAUUAUUCGCCACCGUGUAUAUGCAUUCAUAUAUUUAUAUGUAUACACACACACACACACACACACACAAACACAUUUUAUACAUACCCUAUAUAUUAAACACGGGCGCGUGUACAACGCUGGACGCGCAUUAUAGGCCCGAUCGCGCACGAUUUACUGUUUCGGCAACACGAUUGCGGCACGAAAUCGGCCGUACAACAAAUAUAAAACUCGUAAAACGUCACGAUUGCAGUGUAUACACGGAACGUCGCGGCCUAACGUCUAAUUGUAUACAAUUUUCAAAAGUGCACGGUAAGAUUUAUAAAUAUCACUUAACGAACGCGAUUUAUAAUUGACGAAUUUAAAAUAACAUUUUGUGCGUAAUAAUAAUUUGUGCAUCAAAAUCGAAAAGACACGGACAUAAUUCGAUGUCGGUGGGCGGGUCACCAUUGCUACUGAAAAACGAUUCGGAGCGAAGUUUCUUUUUUUUUUCCACGUGUACGUACAUUCUCCCUAAUUAUUACGAAAACCGCUUGAAAAUCAAAAAAAAAAAAAAAAAAAAUUACUUUCCUAAAGUACCAACCAGACAAAAUUACCAUUCAGAAAAGUCGCUACACUUGAAAAUCGGAGCAAGUUCUCUUGUAUAAAUGUUGUUCACAGGUAAAAAAAAAAAUAGGUUCCUCGCCACGCUCCGUAUCUAAAAUUUAGUGUACAAUUUAAUUUAAGUAUAAUAAUAUAGCCGAGUUUAUUUGCUAUACAAAUAUUAAUAAUAUGUAUAUAAAUAUAGACCGAAAUAUCACAAACAAUUUAAAUAAAUGUUUUCCUCAGUAAAUAUAGAGCCAAUUUAAGAUAAAUACAUAAUAACAUUUUUGUCAACUUUAUACCUAUUAUAAAUCUUAAUAGCAGAUAAAAUCUGCUACAGUGAACUUUUAUUACACGGUAAUCAUUUUAUAUCGUUUUCAGUUUCCUCUAAAUUAUGUAGUGUAUUAUGUGAUUUAGUCGCUGAACAACGUACGCAAUCCUAUUCCACCCAGUGUUGGGAAAGUUCCCUUUAAAAAGCAAUUCGUUCCUGUUUCUUGUUCUUUUUUUUUAUUAAUACCUGAUGCAAAAUAAUUUUUUAUAAUCUUAAUUUGAAAACAUCACUAAAUAAUUUGCUUUGGACAUAUAUUUUUAUGUAUUACACAAUAUAGAUUUGAUAUAACAGGGUUUCUUGAGUUAUUUAUUAGUCACGUUUUCAUAAAAAAAAAAAAAAUAAAUGUAAUGAGAGUUAAUCAAGUCAACUAAAAUUGAAAACUAUUCUUACUUCUUUGAAUUGACAUUAUCAUUAUUACCAAGACAGUUUACAUCGCGGUUAUACGAGUAUACAACCGUGGUUUAAAUUAAUAUUAUCAUAUUAUGUACCUUAUUGUAUGUUAAUAAAAAUGGAAAAAUUGGGAUUGCGUUAUUGCAAUAAUUUCAGGCAUUAUGGUAAUUAAUUAGAAACUGACGAAGUAAUACCAAUACUAAGUGAUUUCUACAAUAUUAUCACUAAAAUGACAUGCGUUUCAUUUCCUCCCCCCUCCGUGCUAUUAAAAUACCGCCUGUGCGCAACGGGAAUUUGCGUUCACGUUCCUCAUAAAUAGGAACUCUUUCCCAUUCCCCGUUCCUUUCCAACACUGAUUUUACCCGUGUAAUGUCCCAUGCUUGUUUCCCGACGAUCAACGCACCCGGAGUAGGAUUUAUGUAUGUGCGUAGGUUUAUUCGACCACUCGGUGCUGCGUCACGUUAAAGUCUUAUAGAAAGAAAAAGAUUAGAAGUCCACGAUCGUCCCAGAUUCCGUUAAAUCAAUGUACGUUAAAUCGGUGGACAGUUGGAAAUAAAUAAUCGUCUAUAUAUUGGAUAUGGUUUUUAUUUACGUUAUUCUUUAUUUUUCACAAAUUGUUAUUAUGUUAAUCAAUUUUAAUUUUUGUAUUGAGGAAUCUGAGCACCAUCAUUUUUUUUUUAUCUCAAAACAUUGUGUACAGGGCUAACUAUUCUGCGUAGAGACGUUCGGUUUCGAUGAUUCUUUUUUUUGUCUUCGGAAAGAAGAUAAUUUCGUACAAGAUGCACUGAACUUUUAUAUUGCAUUACACGAGUAUAACCAAAAACUACGGGAAAAAUUAAUUUUAAUAAAUUGAUAAAAAUUGCUCUAAUUACACUGUUUAGAAAUACAGUUUUAAAAAUUCAUUCCAAUAGUAAGAAUAGUUUUCAACUUUCAAAAAAAAAAAAAUCGAAUUUAAAACCGAAUAUUUGCACGCAGGGGUAUGAAGAUGUUCAUACAGUUGUGGAUGACCGGAUCCGUGUGUACACUUAUCCAAACAGAAGUAGAGCUUUUGGUAUUUUUAGAAUGACGUCUGUUGAGGGAUGAAACAUCAAGGAUGAAAAACCAGUGAUUAGUGGAUCAAUUAGUUUUCGCGGAAAGUACCCUUUUAAAAUACAUACUGUUCAGCGAUAACUGUUAGCUAAGUAGGAUAUUAAGGAAGGUUUGAUUAAAAUCUUUUUUGACAGAAUUAAAUUCAACAUUGUGUUAAUUUGCGAUUACAGUUGUUCGUGUUUUCAACCAUUUUUGUCAUUAAUAAUUAAUUUAAAAUGCUGAUAGAAAUAAAUUGGAAAAUUGCUAUUCACAUAAAACCCGACAAAACUUAAAAAUUGUUAAAGGCCUUAAAUUACUCAAAAAAAAAAAAAAAACAAAAUAUGUUUAAAAUUGUACCACAUCUAGAAAGUGUCAAUAUACAUAUAUUAUAUUCUCCGACGAUUUCAAGUCUACGAUUAUAAAAAAAAAAAAAAAAAAAAAAAAAUAUAUAUAUAUAUAUGUACGUAUGCGUUAUACAUACGGUACACCGAAAACGAUAGAUCCGAAAAAUAAUAAAAACGGCAAUUCGAUUAACAACGAGGGGGCUUAUUGUUACUCGUGCUGCACGUGUUACAAAUUACAAUAAUAAUAAUAAUAAUUGGUUAUACACGAAGUCGUUAUUACAGUGUAUGAAGGGCCGUCCGAAUUAUAUGUUACGGUUUUGACAGGGCGUAGGGAGGUGCGUGUACCCGUAUCGUUUUACUCGUUGCACACUCAGGCCCGCAACAGCAGAACUCGGAGUACGCGGUGUGGACAUUAUUAUAAUGUUUUGAUAGAGACAUAUUUAUUAUAAUCUGUACAAACGUUUCGCAGUCUCUCGUUUAUGCAUUUUUGUUCAUCGAUGUGAAAACAUUACCACGGCGACGGAACUGCGGUCAUUAUACGGUAAACAAUUUGAAAGUCUAUUUUUAGAAUUCACAAGUACAUCCGUUUUUCGUAAAACGUGUGCAUACAUAUAAAUAUGCGACAGCCUGUGAAAAUAUUUAUGUAUAUUUUUCAUGGCCGUUUUUUCGGAUUUUCAAGUGUAGCAAAGAAGCAAAAUUAAUAAUUUAACUAACACAUGGUUUUGUCUUGCGGUAAACACUUUUUUGGUUGUUCGGAAAAUUGUGCACGAUUGCAAAUCGUAGCAUUUUAAUACCCAAAAAUGUGUACUUUUAACAAUAUGCAAACAAUUUUGUACACCGUUUAUUAUUAUUUUUUUUUUUUUGCACUGAACCAGUUUUUUAAUCAAUAAUAAUAUUAUAUUUCUAUAGGUGUUCACUUUAAAACAAUAUAUUGUGCGUUUGGCAUCUUUUAACAGUCAGCUGCUAUCGCGGACGAAAUAUUAUUCAGUUAUAAAAUUAUAAUAUUAUUAUUAUAUUUUAUAUAUUUAUAUAUAAACCAACAAUAAUCCAAAUAAUAUAUUUUACUACACGCUGAAAAUUACUGAAUAAAUACACUGUUGCAGUAAGUAAAGAAAAGAAAAGAAAAAAAAUUACAGAAUCACAUAAAGAGAUUACAAAUGAAACAACAUUACAUUUUUAAUAUCCAUCGUACUGUAUUUUAUACCGUAAAAAAAGAAUAUUAAAAUCAUAUAGUUGCAGGUAUAUAUAUAUAUAUAUAAGAAAAAAACCAAAUAUACUCGCGUUAAAAAACGUAUAAUAUUAUAANAUAUAAUUCGAACAAAGUACGACCUCUUACAUAAUUAUAUUUUAAUAAGUAAACGCGUAUUUUUCUAUAUCUGCAGCGGUGUCCUGCAAUGUUUUAACGUCUCAUUGGGUAGAAAACGAAAUAAAAAGUAAAUAAUGUAUACAAAUUAAUGCACUUUUUUUUAAACCCCGUGUUAUUAUUGUAUAGUCACUAUAGUAUAUAAUGUGUACUUAACCUACAAAAAUUUACACUUUUCACAGAAUCGUAUAAUUUUCUUCGCGUUCUCUCUCCCAUAUUUAUAUUUUAAUUCUAGAGAAAUAUAUUCAAAUUAUAAAAGACGCGAUGUAGCAGAAGUAACUUAAUAGUAUAUGCAACAAAAAUGCAUAUUAUUUUAUAUGUAUAUUAAUCAUUCGUCUGUUAUUUCAUAUUUGUGCGUGUGUAAGUUUUAAUAAAUUAAUAAAAGAAAAACAAUACACAUUUAUCGUAAUACUCCAGGCGACGCAUUCAUUUAUUUAUUUAUUUAUAUGUGUGUAGUUUUUAUUUUUAUUUCUAUAAACGCAACGAGAAAAGCUUAUAGCGGCUUGAACAUAAUGUUAUAUAUCCGAGCACACAGUGGUAGUCUAGCCACGAGAGUUAGGGAGAAAAUAUUUGUCUAGAAUCCGAACACGAAUAUGGGAGAGAGAACGCGAACAAAAAUUAUACGAAUCUGUGAAAAAUAUAACUUUUUGUAGGUUAAGUAUACAAUAAAACGGCUAUACAGUAAUAAACACGGGCCUUAAAAAGAGUACAUCAAUUUGUAUACAUUGUUCACUUUUUAUUUCGUUUUCUACCCAAUGAGACGUAAAAACAUUGCAGGACACUGCUGCAGAUAUAGAAAAAUACGCGUUUACUUAUUAAAAUAUAAUUAUGUAAGAGGUCGUACUUUGUUCGAAUUAUAUAUUAUAAUAUUACACGUAUUUUAACGCGAGUAUAUUUGUUUUUUCUUAUAGACGUGUACACCUGCAACUAUAUGGUUUUAAUAUUAUUUUUUUGCGGUAGAAAAUACAGUACGAUGGAUAUUAAAAAUGUAAUGUAAAACAUUCUUUUUUUUUCUUUUAUUUUAUUUACUUACAGCAACAGUGUAUUUAUUCAGUAAUUUUCGGCGUGUAGUAAAAUAUAUUAUUUGAAUUAUUAUUGGUUUAUACAUACAUAUAUAUAUAUAUAUAAAAUGUAAUAAUAACUGAACAAUAUUUCGUCCGUGAUAGUAGCUGGCUGCUAAAAAAUGUCGAACGCACAAUAUAUUGUUUUAAAGUGAACACCUAUAGAAAUAUAAUAUUAUUAUUGAUUAAAAUACUGGUUCGGUGCAAAAAAAAAACGGUGUUCUAAAUUGUUUGCACGCUGUUCAAAAUACACACUCUGGGGGGAUAUUCGAAAACUCGCAUUUAGAAUUUUAUCGAGUAAAUUUACUCUUAUCGGUCUAAUCAAUUGUAUUCACAGGCCAAACCGAACAUUUUCAUUAGGAAGGACAAAAAUAUAUCAAAUUCGUCCACCAUAAAAAAAUAAAAAACAAACCAAUUAGUAGCUUAAACAUAAUAUUAUACAUCCGGACAUAAAGUAGUGGUCCAACCACGAGAGUUAGGUUGAUAUUAUACCUCCCUAGGCCGGCGUGCUGCUUGAGUCGAUGACGGCUAAAAGAAAAAUACACGUGUAUAUAUGAAUUUGUUUAUGACAUUGUCUAUAGGUUAUCAUUUAGGAAGUUGAUUUACAAUUUCAAGUUUUGAUAUCCUCCGUAAUUGAUAAGUUAUUAUUUUUAAAAAUUUCAUGAAAUAACCACAUUAAAUUUAUAACGAUUUUGGGUUCGCAAAAUUUUAAAUAGAAAAAUCGAUUUUUAUACUUGAAAAAUUUAAAGGUUAGGUUAGGGGAGUUGGACGGAUAUUGGGAAUAGUAUGCAUCCAACUUGUCACCGUUUAUUGGUCUAAAUCGUCAUAUACGCCCGUAAAAAUGAGUAAGUAUCCGACAGCAGAUUAGUGGAAAAGACUUAUCAUUAAGGUGGUCAUUAAACAGUAAAAACAAUUUUUAAAAUUUUACGAAAUUGAAAACAAUUUGGAAAAUCGCUUUCCAUCUACUGAUUGAUAGUAUUAUAUAUUGACACGAGCAAAUACUUUUUGGAGAUGUUUAUUUGAAAUCAACAUUAUAGAAUGUAGGAUUCUUUUUAUUUCUUUUUUAUAAUCUAUACUUUGGUGAACUCGGUGAUUUUGUCAUUUACUCACGACGAAUCGAAAUAUCUCUGCGGCAUGAACGAUAAAACCUUUCAUUUUUUGAAGUUUAUAAAUAUAAGCACAUACUUUUUUUUCUUAGGCGAAUUUAAUAAUUUAUAUAUUACAUUCAUAAUUUAAUAUGUAUAGCGAUUAUCCGUAAAAUAUAUAAUACGCCAUGAAAUCAUAAUUAUUAUGAUAAAAAGGAAUCGUCAAAAGGUUUAGUGCGUAAUAUUAUGCGACGAUGUGUGACCCAGUGUCUCACGAUUUUUUCCUAAAAAUCUUUGUAAAUAUUAAAAAUUUGUAUUUAUUUAAUUUUUUCAAUCGAAUUUUGUGUCAAGACACAUAAUGUAUAGAGAGACAUUAAAUUUCUAUUAUUUUGACCACUUUUAAUCACUAUGGAAAAAAAAAACUGUUCCUUUUUUUGAAAUAUUGUCGAAACAGGCACUUUGUAAUGGAAGUUAUUCUAGAAAUGUCUAAUGUCUAAUUCAUUACAUACAUAUCCGAUAAACAGUUUCUUAUUGUGAUAGCUUUUUCAUUUUUAGAAAAGUGACGUAAAUUAGGUACUUUUUUUAUGAUGCCGUAAUUGCAAUUCCCUAUCGCGACAGGUGCGUAUGCACGGGAGGGAUUUGGGGAUCUAUUCAGCAUUUUUAGAAUAAUAUCUAUGUAACAAAAAAGUAGUUGUUUUGAUAAUCUAUUAUUUUUAGUAAUAUUAAGGGUAGAAAAUAAAAACCGUAAGUUCUCGCUACGUGUAAAUACAUAUAUACAAUAUAUAUUCUAAAAAAAAAAUCCGAUUGAAAAAAAAAACAUGAAUAUUAAUAGAGAUACAAGGUAAACCACGGUUGAACACUCUGUAUAAUAUAGUGUUGUGGUCAUUAUAAUAUUAUUUUAUAUUGAUCGGUUGGUUUUUUUUUUACCUACUGCAAUCGUCGGCGCUACCGUAACUCAAAUAACCGCCUCGUAAUAUUGACAAACUCGAUUGUUGCAUACAUUACUCGCUUUAGGGAGAAAUACUGAAAAAUAAUAAAUAAUAAACCCGUUUGGUGUUUUUUAAUCAAAAUCCAACACAUUUCUAAAUUUACCAUUUGGAAUUGAUGAAGCAAUAUUUUAUACGUGUGAAAAUAAAAUUAAUAAAAAGUAAACUAACGGGAGGGUAGGGGGAUGAGGAGUUAAAUUUACUUUUUUUUUGUGUAUACAAAUAUAAUAUGCUUUUCAUUUAUUUCUUUACAAUUACCGAACCAUCAAUGCUGUAUACACUGCUGUGUUUUUUUUUUUACCAUACUAAUUUUCAUAGCUACCAAUUGAAUGAUAAUAAUGCAUACCCCUGAAAGAAUACCGGCAUAACUCAAAAAAAAAAUACGAUUUCCGAGUGAUUACUAAUGUCAUUUAGUAUAAUACUUUGAUUUUUUCAUUAAUUUAAUAUCAAAGAGGGUAUGGAUUUAAAUGUAUUUAUGCCUGCUCAAAAUAAAUAACAGUUUCCAGCCGGCGAAUUGAUAUUUCUGAGAUGUGAUUUUAUCUGAACUAACAAAUUUUGUUGCACAAUAUGUUUCCAACCAACAUAAAGUCACAUCUCGAAAAUAAUGACGGGAAAAAUUAUAGUACAGUAUGAAACAUUGCGAAACAUCAAAAGUGGAUAUCCCGACGUUUUCAUAUUUUGAUUUGUGACAUUAUUCUUUCGAGGGCGUGAUACGUCGGUAUUAUACCGGUAUUAGCUUAAACAGAAUUUCGAAAACUCGGGCAAUACGCGAAACAUAAUUUUUCCUUAUAACCGCGCGGUAGUAGUCAAACGCGCAGAAAUGUUCUUUGAUUCUUGCGCAAUUCGCGUCGACGAACAAAUCGCAAUCGCCGCGCACAACGGUAACAUUGAGAUCCACGAGUUUCUCCUGGGCAGUUUUUUUUUUUUUUUUAUGAAAAAUACUUAAUCAAAUCCACGCGGCCGAGCGCGGACCACUGUGAAACCAUUUUUCAUGUAUUUUUAAUUUUAUCGCCACGCGUUCGGCGACGCGGUUCCGUUAAACGGGCUGGCGAAUGUAACACGGUUAGUCGUAUUAAUCUCAUGAUUGCGUUUGGCCGGCGGCGGUCCGUCCGUGACAAUAAUUAUUCAUUUUUUCCGGACGAGAGUAUGUUAUGCGUUUCGGUUGUUUUUUUUUUUUUUUUAAUAAUGUCAUCGGGAAGCGGACGUGACGGCCACCGGAGCAAAAAAAAAAAAGAAAAACGCCCACCUCGCACAUAGGUUACGGUAUCACCGCUGUUAUUACAACGCGUAUCGUUACGUACGCGCCGGGUACAGACCGACGCGCGCGAUUAUUGUUAUUAAUUACACUCGAGAUUUCGGCCGCGGCGCGCGUAUUUCGCACGGUCGUUACGCGCGCUCGCCGUUUCCCCCCCCCCCCCCCGUCGUCCGUAGACCGAAACAUUAAAUCAGGUAGCCGUCGCGCGUUAUAAAUUGAAAAAAAAAAUCCGAAAAAAAAAUCGCGCGUUAUAAAUUGAAAAAAAAAAAAAAAAAAAAUCGCGCGGUGAUGUUAUCGCGUCGCACGAGCCGCGGUCCGCGGGGGAUUUCGGGACGCGCGUCCCCUCGCGACGGGCCUGAAGGGGCGGGCGGCGGUAAUUAUUGUUAUUAUUUAACGCGUACGCGUACGCGCGCGCCACUGCCCACAUACACGGACGACGUACGCGCGUAUUGUUCGCGCGUGUAUGCGACGACGACCGCGUCUCACUGUCAAGUGCUAACUGAAUUCCGGAAAGUCCACGCCCCGCCGUCGCCGCGUACCCACUCAGCGCGCGUGUCGCGCCGCGAGCGCCGUACGCCCGCGUGACGCAACACACGUGCGAGUGAUUAUCGCGUCGGGAAAACUCGGACGUCCGGGAGCGGGGAAAACGACACGUGACGCGGAUCCGGCGGGGCGCCGUACACCUAUACGCGUGCGGUACGUAACGGCGCGGCGCAUUAUACACCAACACGACGCGCUCGUACGCCGAAACCCCUUUUCGCGUGACGCGUAUUGUGCGUUGUAUACCGCACACAAACACACGCACGCACACGCGCGCGCGGCGAUCGUACCACCGGCGUUUGUAAUUUAUGCACAAUUUGCACCGAGCGAGCGUAUCGGCCGUAAAAACCGCGCGCGCGCGUAAUACGAUUAUUAUCAUUAAAAUAUACGAGCGGCGUUGCGCGGUUGAAAUUAUAACACGACCGCGCGUCGUUACGUUAUAAUAUGCUCGGAGCGUGUAACAAUGACGCCGAGUACGCGCCGGUUCGGCAGGUGGCCCGCGCGGGCCGUUAUUAUUAUCGGGAUGCGCGCCCGGUGUUAGCGGAACCAGGCGCCGACCGGCGAAAAAACCGACGGGCGGGUGGCGGGCGCCCGGGCACGCGAACCCGUCCCGUUCCGAAUGCCCGCCGAAUUCGCGUGCCGAGGUCGAUUUCUGUUGUUGUUGUUUGAUUUUGUUUUUUUUUUUCUAUUUAUUUAACCGGCGCGCGAUUGUUGCAAUUUCGCCGGAUUAAAAAUCGCACAACGAGAACGUCAAGCGUGUAAUGUGCUUCAUCCGCGGGAAACGCAUUUUCGAUCAUACCUACGUCUGGUAAACGCGCGUUUCUUCACGCACGGCACACCCGCAAAAGACGGCCGCAAAACGUUGUUCCCGCCAACACGGCAACCGGUUCAUUGUUAUCGGGAUUCCCCGUAAUUUUUCCAAACGGUCGUUGUUUUUAAUCUCUGGGUUAUUCUAUUACGAAAUGUCUGUUAAAAUAUAACUAUUCGCAUUUGCAAUACGCAUUAUGUGUAAAUGUUUUAACUUAAUAUCGUACCUUUAUACCGCGCAAUUCAGAAAUAUUGUAUUAUUUUAAAUUUGUUCGAAUUUCCGAAUGCCGACUUAAUACGUAUACGCAUUAGUAAUAGCACACGUUUUCACACGUUCGCUUGUAUUAAUGAAUUUAAAACGAACGUUCGGUGUACCUACACCUAAAAAAUCAAUACAACCUAUUGUUUGGAAAACAUUACGUACCUGAACACCGAUCUGAAAAAAUCCACGCGCGAUAUUAUUAAAUACAAAUAAUAUUGUACACAUGUGCCGUGGACAAUUUCAAAAUGAAUAAAUUUCGAAAUUAAUAAAUACGUAUACUGCGUUCACCGUUCGAUACUAUUACAUAAAUCGAGCAUAAAAUUAUUAUUGUGUUAACAUUUUUAACCGUGGUUUUCGUAUUUUCAGAGCCGGAUUCUAGAGGAUGCGUCCUCAUUCAUGUGCAACACCUGGUCUCCACGACAUAAUGUACGUUGUCUUUAUAAUACAAUAAUAUUGUUUUAGCGUUUUAUUAUUAAGAAUUUAUGGUUUAGUCUAAUAUUAAACUAUACGUUGACGGACAUUUUUGUUUGCCGUUUUCGCGUAUACUACAUAGAUAACGUGUCUAUAGGUAAAUGUUUUCAGAAGAGUGUAGCGGUAAAGAAUAAAAUACAAAGUACACGUUUUUUAAACAAUGUCGAAAUCCAUUUUCCAGCGCGAACUAGACCGGAUUUUAUUAUUUAAUUACAGUUUAAUAAUACCUACAGGCAUACACGUCAGAGGCCGUUAAGGUUCGGUUAAGUGAGAGGUUUAUUCUUUCUGCAGUUGUCAAGAAAAAUGAGUCUAAUACAUAUAAAUAUACAUUUAAGUAAUCGUCUUAGCACUUGUUGAGAAAGUUUUUUUUUUCUUUUCGUUAAAAGCGGUCCUAAACGUCGCAGACAGUAUUGUAUUAAAGGGAACAUUAAUAUAAGAACCGUUUUUUUUUUUUUUUUUUCAUUCUCCUCUCAUCGGUGCCGCCGAGCAACGUGGAGGGCGUGUCGCGUUUUUCUCUAUGUUUUAUUUUUUUUAAUUCUUUCGUUCUUGCUAUAUAUGUAUAUAUAGCGAGCCAGCUACAAGGACGAAACAAUUUAGCCAACACAUUAAAAAAAAAAAAAACGUCCCUCGAGUGGGAACGAAACUCCCGAGAGUAAAAACGAGGGGGGACGAAGAAGAGACUAUAAACUAAAAAUCAUCAGCGAAAUGCAAGGCUUUUCGGUUUUCGUCGUCGCAAAGUGGCUUCGGGAACAGGAAUUAAAAGGACUUUAUUCGGUGGGUCGGGCGGUAAAGGGGGGAGGGGAGGGAGUAGAGAACACACAAGCGGCCUUAAAACCGUCCCGUUCGCGGCUCCGGUAAAUAAUAAAUGAGCCCCCGGUCGUAUCCGCGCCCUCUAUUCUGCUAUCCCCGUUAACUAUCCCCGGAUACGUGCAGCAAAGGCGGAAUCCUGCCGAUGCAGUAAUACCGCCGCAAGAGAAAACGUUUCGGGAACCUUCUGUAUAUAUGUAUACAUGCCUACCUACGUCGUCGUGCACACCGGAGAUGAAGUCUAAACAUCGCUAUAUAUCCUAUACGAUUAUACGGUUCGCAUUCUCUAGUCCGAUUACACAAGGUCGGAUUCAUAAAUCUCCUCUUGGGAUUUCUUUGCAUUGAACUUGACUUAGGUACCAUAUUUAUACAGUCCAUAUAUGUAUAUAUACAUCCAUAGGAUUUUGUGCGAUACAUAGGCGCGGACGUUCAAGAAAAAUUACUCGUUAACAAUAUUUUAUACGAUACACGAUUCGUCGAUUCACACCGAUCGCGAUAUAUAUCACGCUUUUUAUUAAUUUUAAUUUUAAACAAUUUCUAAAUGCAAAAUGUUCAGUCUGUAACGCGUCUAAUGUCAAUAUAGUAAUCGGUAGAGAUAAAUUACAUAUUCACAAUACAUUACUGAAAUUCGUCCAAUCCUUCAAGCGAAUAUCAAUUAUAUUUGCAACUUAUUUUUCUUUUUCUCCGGUUUUUAAAGGCCGUCGAGGCUCAUAUACCACAGCAUGCACCUGCUUCCGUCUAUCCCUAUCCCGAGCUGAUGAUUAGCCGUGUUGUAUUCCAAUUUCUAUUAGAUUCUUCUUGGCUUUGUCCAUUCCCAUAUUUGUAGCUUAUCCAAUAGUCUUCGGCCAUUCGAUUUCUAUUUUAAAACAUGUUUUAUUAUGCCAUCAGUAGGAGAAUUCUGUGGCUUGAUAAGAUAGACAACUUCUGAUACGUUAAGCUUUAGAUUAAUAAUAUUUAAUUUUAUAUUACAUUAGUACAUAUAUAUUUGUACAUUUUAGUUUAUGGCCUAAAGUUGUCGUUGUCUUUUAUACAGACAGUUCGGACAUAUUAUUAUUAUUGUUAUUUGUGCACGGGUUUACAAAUCAAGAUAACGUAUAGAUGUAGUUGUUUACUUUUGUUUAUAAAACUCUUUAUUUUACUUAUAGAAUACAAGUGUUUCAUAAAAAAAAAAAAAAAAAAACGAAGGAGUAUAGUAUAUAUAUAUAUAUAUAUAGGUGAAAAAAAAACGAUGCAGUACAUCAUAAAUAUUUCAUGAAGUCCCCGUCGCCACGCGCUUUACCCCCUGCAUUAUGUACGUAACAUUACUAUAUAGUAAUAUACUGUUUCGCCGCACAUCGUGUCCGAUCGAUUAUUGGUGAUGAUGCGUUGUAUAGUACGUAAUAAACAGUGCAUAUUCUAAAAAAAAAAAACUUAUUGCAUUUAAACUAAACCCGUUUUUAUACAUAUUAUGUGUGCGAAUUCAUAAACAACAUUAGGUGGGUAUAGUACCUACGUAUAUCUUUGACUAGGUUUUUGAAUUAGACGAAAAAUGCAUUUCUGCCGUUUCGACACGUCAAAAUUACUUUUUAUAAGAGGACUGCAGUCGUAGAACAAAACGAAUUUGAUGGAUUUUAAUUUAGUUAACACACUUGGAUUGAUUAACAAUGGUUUACUACAUAGGUUUUGACGCAGAGGAUUUUAAAUAUGCCGAAAAUGGUAUGCGUUAUGAUGAAAAAAAAAAUAAAUUGAAAUUGCAUCCGUUAUAGCCUUCUAAACUCGUUAAUCGAACACAAUCCGUUUUCAUCUAGAUUCGUUCGCCCUAAAACGCAGUCAUAUUAUUCGUCCGUAAAAUCGGCCGUACCUCUUCCCCUUAAACGGGUAUCGUUGGGUAUAGAUCAGUGCACAAGUCUUGGCAUUUAGGUGGUCAUUAAAAUGUAAAAGAAAUGUCCAACAUGUCGAAAACCAUUACCGAUUCCUUUAAUUUUAAAUCGUUGACACGUAUUUCGUAUAUAUUAUAAUAGUACGAUUUACGUAGAACAUUACACGAUACACAGCGUUUUCCCUCCGGCGAGAAUUGCUGUAGGUAUGACGAUGUGAACAAUAGGGCGAAUAUUAAUGUACUCUUGACGUCCUAACAACUAGGGGUUAACGCGAAAUAUUUAUCGUCUCGGUCACACAUAGUGGUCUGAGGGACAACCCUUAUAUAAUUGUUAUACAAACGGUAUUCCGACUUUGGACUCGGAGUAGCGUAUAUCCUUUAGUGUAGGCGCCAAAUAAUAAUACAAUAAUAAUAACAGUUGUAGAUAGUAAUACGAGUAGUAAUAUAAUGCAUCUCACUGUCUCGAAUACGUAGCUAAUAUAAUAUUUUAUAAAAAAAAGUGGGCCGGCAAUCAAUUGAGUUAUCAUUGGGGGAGGGGGGGGGAGCUUGUCUGUUCAUUGUUUUUGUGUCAUCGAUUUUAGUUGAACUCAUAAAUAAUACGUGAAAACGAACUGCAAUUUCGUUUAUGUCAUAUUAUAUCAAUUUUCUUUUGUUUUAUAAUGUUUUCUUUGGUUUUAGGAAUUUUAUUAGUUUUCACUGUUUUUACUUUAUUUUUUUUUUUUACCAUACAGUGGUCGUGAAAUUAAAAAAUGAUAAAAAAUGUAGUUUUUGUAAUUAGGUACAAUGUAGAGAGGAUAUUUUAAUUUUGUCCAGUCAAGUUUUCUUUUUUUUUACAAACCAUUUUAAACCUUCUAAAUAAAAUGCUGUUAAGAUGAAAAAAAAUAACCAAGUGGGUCUUUUUAUCAUUUACUGUAAUCUUAAAUAGGUACGAUGAAUAACACAAAUUUUACGGUUGAGUGACUAUACGUGUUUUGCUUUCGCAGGAACAUGCGUAUACGCGAAAAUUGCACCGAAUACGCAAACAAGAGAAUUAACCAGCAUUCCUCUGUAGAAAAAACGUGUAUUUUCGUAAAUCAAUUGAAUAAUUUGUUCCAGUAAAUAUUAGAUUAAUAAAUCCAUGUGGCCCAUAAAACCGAUAAAGUAUGACUAAAAAUAGACACACUGAGCUAAAAAAAAAAAAAAAUAAUAAAAUAAAACAUACAUUUUAAUUUACUCGAAUAUAUAAUUGAAUAGAUAUUAUUACUUAACUAUAACCAUAUAAACGGUGUUCAUAAAAUUUAAAAAUAAAUACGAAGAAUAAACUUGGUCCUGAGUUCCUAUAAUAUGAUUGAUCUUGUUUUGUUUACGAUUGUGUUUGGUCAAAGAAAAAAAAAAAUAAUCAUCCGGCUUUAGAUUCUGAACGUGUUAUUAUUACGAAAUAGGUCAUUUACGGACGUUACCUAGUUACCUAACAUAUAAUAUACGAGAAUAACACGCCCAAGUUAUAACAAUAUGAUGAUAGGUAUGUGGUAUGCGAAAACCAUAGAGUAUACAUCGGUCGAUAAGACGUCCUAAUAAGCACAAAGGGGCGCCAAGGGAUAGUUUCUAUUGUAUCGGAACUCUUGUUGUAUAACUUCUCGUGUGAAAUCCUCUAUUCAAUAUUGUGUACAUUAAGCCGUUCCAAAAGUCCACGGGGUGUGCCACCAAAUAAUAUUCUAUAUAUACUCAUACGCAUAGGGUAAUGGUACAGUAGAAGUACACGGUAAAAGCUACAGACAAUUAUCGAGAAAACAAUAAUAUUAUUACGACGAAAAAUAUAAACAAACAAUUAUAAUAUCAGGGAAUCUUUCACGUGAAUAUCCACUCCCCACUCCAAAACGUCCCAUGAGCAGGUAGAAAAACUUUUCCCGGUUAUUCAUCUCUCGAUCAACGAGCGUAUUUUCUACAUAAAAUAUACAAUUUGUUAAAAAAAUCUACUUAAUUCGAUCUUACACCAUUAAUUUUCUAAUAGACUCUUAUUGUUCAUUUUCGAAACCUCCCUAACUAUUUCACUGCUAUAUGGACGCAUGUAUGCAUUAAAUGACUAUAAUAUGAAUAACAUAUUUUUUUAAUAUUAGAUCUGUGCUUUAUUCUCCCGAAGUUGACAAUAAAUAUUGGCUUAAAGAUUGACAGUCAACGGUAGAAAAUGCUGGGAGGGAGGGGGGGCGGGGUCGACAGAAACAAGAUUUACUGGAAAGCAAGAAAAAAUAUCAGUGUACCCAAAUACCCAAUCCUUUUAAUUCACUCCAGCUUACAAUAAUUAUUAUUUGUAAACAUUGUGUUUUAUACAGACGUGUUGACCAGUUUGCAUUAAAUAUAGGUACUUGUUCAUGUUUUUGUCAUACAUCGUCCGAGAGCUAUUUAUUUAUUCGUUCUUGAACAAGAUUACUUUUCCAGUGGCCGUUUUAAGUCUGAUAUUAUUAUUAGUCGGCCAAGACCCUGUUUUUUUAUCGAUCUGAAGUGUGAGAAAUCGACAGUUGAACGGGAUUUUGUGCUAAAUGAGAUUGGAGAUUUUCAACCAUUUCGUUUACAAACCGUUUUAAACCUUCUAAAUUAAAUGCUGUUAAGGUGAUUAAAAACAACCAAAUGGGUUUUUAAUUUUAAAUAGGUACGAUGAAUAACAGACAUUUUACGGUUGAGUGACUAUGUGUGUUUUGCUUUUGCAGGAACAUGCGCGUACGCGAAAAUUGCACCGAAUACGCAAACAAAAGAAUUGCACAGCAAACAUAUUUCCACUCCUCUAUAGAAAAAACUUAAAUUUUCGUAAAUCGAUUGACUUAUUUGAUUCAGUAAAGCCCACAGGCUCACGGUCACUCCAGAUGUCCACAAUCUCGACUGAAAAUAAAGUAUUAUGAAGUCUUUAUAAUUUAGUACGCGAAGGCCUAUACAAGUGUUGAAAUGUGUAAAUAUCUUGUAUACCUAAAUAAUACUUAAAUAGUGUUUUACAAUAUUUAUCAAGAAAAGUUAAAUUAUUUCGAGGAAAUACAAUGUACAUCAAUAGCAGAUAUCAUUAAAUGAUUAAUGGGAUAAACGCUGAUCCGCCUAAAAUUAUUGUCAACGGCUUACUUUUCUCGGACAUAUUUGGGGCAUUAAAAUCCACGGUACCGGACCGUAUCCGAUCGAAUAAAAAAUCAUAUACACAGAGAGCAAAAGUAACAGCCAUUUUAUGUCGCGGUCAUUAAUUUCCGUAUCGUACAUGAUGUUUAUUAAAGACAAACUGACGGCCAUGCCGACACCGGAGAUGAUUAAUAAAUCUCUGUUUCCCAAAAAACCGAUAAAGUAUGAACUUAAAAUAGACACACUGAGCUAAAAAACAAAAAUAAAACAUACAAUUUAAUUUACUCAAAUAUAUAAUUAAGUAGAUCUUAUUAGUUAACAAUAACUACUCGUAUAUAAACGAUAUUCAUAAAAAUUAAAAAUAAAUACGAUGAAUAAUCUUGCCCGGAGUACUUAUAAUGUUAUUGAUUUUGUUUUGUUUACGAUCAUUUUUGGUCAUAAAAAUAAAUAUUCGAAAUAAUUCAUUUACGAUGUUACCUUGUUACCUAACAUAUGAUAUACGAGAAUAACACGCCCACGUUAUAUGAUGAUAGGUAUUCGAAAACGAUAAAGUAUACAUUGGUCGGUAAGACGUUCUAAUUAACACAAAGAAGCGCCAAGGGAUAGUUUCUAUUGUAUCGGAACUCGUGUGAAAUCCUCUAGUCAGUGUUGGGUACAUUAAGCCGUUCCCGAAAGGCCAACGGUGUGCCACCAAAUAAUAUUAUCUAGGUACUCGUAGUUAUAGGAUAAUGGUAUUUUAGCAGAAAUACACGGUCAAAACUAUUGAAAACAUAUCGUUGAAACAGUAAUUAUGACGUAAAAUAUAAACAAACAAUAAUAAUAUUAGGAUAUUUUUUAAGUGAUCGUGCAGUCUCCACACCUUUAAAAAAGCCCCACGAACAGAUAAACCAAAACUUUUUCCAGUUAUUCAUCUCUCCAUCAGUAAGGGUAUUUCCUACAUAAAUUAUACUUUGUUAGAAAAUCUACCUAAUUCAAUCGUAUACUGUUUUUUUUUUUUCUAGUAGACUUACAGUUAGCGAAAUCCUACUCCGCUGGGCGUCCAAUAGACUUUUAUUGUCCACACAAAACCUCCUUAACUCUUUCAUUGUUAUGAAUGCAUAUAUGCGUUAAAUGAUUAUAUGAAUAAUAUGUAUUGUUAGUAUUUUAGAUCGGUGUUAUAUUCUACCGAAGUCCGCAAUAAAUAUUGGCUUAUAAGAUUAAUAGUUAAUUGUGGAAGAAGUCGGAGGGAAUUGACUGGAGCAAAAUUCCUGGAAAUUUCUGGAAAGAAAGAAAAACAAAUAUUGUGUACCCAAUCCCUUUAAUUCAUUCCCGUCUUACAAUAAUUAUUAUUUUAUAAAUAUUAUGUACCCCUCCUGCAACAACACUGUGGAGUUCAUAUUAAAAUCGAGCAAAUAUUUUAUCAUUUUAAUCUACCCAAAAAAAUUACUCCAAUUUCCAAGUCUGAGCGCUUUUAGUCUAGAAAGAGCCACUAAAAGUGCCCAAUUAUGCUAGGAAUAAGAUAUACGUACAACAGACACAAUACAGUGUAAUAGUCUCUAUGUUCGGGAAAAAUUCGACAAAAAAAAAGCAAUAGUAAUAUAUAAGUACUUGGAGUAAUAUGAUGGCGGCUACAGGCGAUAUUUCGUUUAUGCCUAACAUUGUGUACAAACAUUGCAGUUGAUUCGUCAAUAAAACACUACCGCUAAACUGUUGAAUAAAAACCAGACAAACGUUGAUCAACAACGGCCGCCGGUAAACCAUAUCCUUGAAAACCAAGCCCAAGUCUAUGUAAUUUUUGGAGUUUUUGAAAUUCUGCAAAACAAUGUGAUAUCGACGUAUAUAGAAUUCAUUUUAUAUUUAUAUGAAUUAUUAAGAAAUUACGCCGAUUUUUCGUACCUUGUAAACGCGAUUAUGGCAUACUGCAGUAGUUCUACGGUGCGUUUGAAAAUCUUUAAUCUCUCUUAACACAAUUUCCUGUUUAAAUGUCGGUGCUUCAUACUUCAAUCGAUAAUAAACAGGGUCUUGAACGAAUAACAACAGUAUCAGACUUAAUACGGCCACUGGAAUAGUGAUCUUGUUCACGAACGAAUAAAUAAAAAACUCUCGGGCAAUGUGUGACAAAAGCAUGCCCGUUAACAAGGAUAUGUAAUGCAAACUGGUCAGUACGUCUGUAUAAAACACAAUAUUCACAAAUGAUAAUUAUUGUAAUAAUGGAACUGAAUGCGCUGAUAUUGUUUUCGAUUCUGAGAGGAGAGAGAAAUGUAUUGGUUUUAUAAUGGUGUUUUUCAGCAUUUUCAAACAGGAAUAUUUAUGAAAUGUAUUAUUUUCAAAUCGUAAAAUUUAUUACGGCCUUUCAAAACAUGUAUAACCGAACUCCAUUCAGAAUCAUUUUCUGUUAGCAAUAAUUAAUCUUUACGUUGACAUAUAUAUAUUAAAUAUACUUUAAAUGUCAUACAUUAAUUUGAUUUUUAAACUGAAUUUGUAGUUGAUAACCGGCUGCGAUUAGUCGAUUAUCUUAUCACCUUCGGUUAAACAUCAACAUUUACGGUUACAAUUCUUUGUGUGAAAGAAAUGUGUAUAUAGAAAGCAACCGAUAAAACUAAAUAUUAAUUUAUAUUUAAAAUUUAGGAGAAAAUUUAGAAAAUGUAUUUUUCUAAUGCAUUUUAUAUUAGUAUACAUAUCUGCGAACAAAAUGUUCAGACCUCUUAUUUCCGGUUCAGCGAUUUCGGCUGCGUAGUUCGGUACGACCACAAAUAUGAAUCCGGCACCAAUCCCGUGCAUAGUACGUCCUAUCCACAAAUAUGUCAUAGUUUCUGAAUAAUCUGAAUAAAUUAUCCCGUACGAUCCCAAUACGGUACUCAUCAUCCCGAUGACCAGUGUGGUUUUUAAACCGAGGUUGGAUGAGAUAAACGCCGCGGGUCCGGCGCUCACGAUCACUCCGACAAACAGCAUGAAUUUCAACAACUGCAAUCCAUACAUGUUCUUGUUACUAGUAUCGCAAUCGUCCGUUUUGAAGGUGUCCAAACACAAAAUCCACUCCAAACUCAUUCCCACCGCCAAAGAACACAGAGCCACUGUUAUAAGACAUGAUUGAAAACAUCUACGUCAAUAAAAUAUAAUAAAUGAAGGAGUCGGGUAGAUAAUGGAUAAUAUUUUUAAAAUUCAUCAGAAAAAUGAUUUGAACGGAAAAUACUAUUGAAAAUACGUUUGUGUUUGAACUGAACAUUUACAUUAUGGGUGAUAAGAAAAGCCCAUAAUAAGUGAUAAUUGGGCCUUGAGAUACCUACCUAAUAAGAUUUCAAUGUAAAUUUCAAAAUAUAUCGCCUGAUAUAUUAUUAAAUGCAGUUAGUUAACACGUUUAUUCCACCAUCAAAAAUUAAAAAUUAUGUAAUGCAACAAUAUCUCUGUCCUUAAAUGUGUGUGAUUUUUAUCUAAAAUUUUUUGUACAAAUUAAGUCAUUUUAUGAAGUAAUAAACAUUUAAAAAAAAAAAUAUCAGUUAUCAUCUUAACUGAUCUUUAUCGUCAAAUUAUAUUAUUAUGUAUAUGUGUGGGUGUGUGUGUGUGUGUGUGACUUUUUAAACAUUUUGUCAAAAAAACGCGAUAAAUUUGAUAGUAAGAUAGAAGGUAUAAAUUUAAUAACAUCAAUUAAAAUAUAUAUUAUAAUCGUGACCAAUUCUGUCAAAUAUUCAAUAUUUGAUUAUAGUAAUUGUAUAAUAAUUUUAAAAAAGGCGGACAUACUACGCCACUGGUAGGCAACUGCGUUAAGUGAGAGUAGUGAGACAUUUGAAAAGUAUUGUGUAUAAGUCAAUUUAGUUUAUGUAAUAUAAAUACAAUGUAAUAUAAAACAACGAUAAAGUACGGCGUAACGAUUUGGAUCAUUUUUACUAAACAAAAAAGUGUUUUCCGUAAGGUGGAUACGUCUUAAUAAAAUUAUAGUAUAACACCUUCGUUAUGUUUAAAAUCAAACUAUCCACAAAUUCGUUACAAUUCACCGGUAGCAAAUUGAUUUAGUGAACCGUUAAGACAAAUGUAAAAUUUAUGAUUCUAUUAUUUAAUAGAUACUUUGAUAUUUUAGGACUUAGAAUCACGGAAUACGCAUACUUAUAGUUUAUAAAGUAAUUCUUUGACCCACAAUUGUAUGUACUAAUAUUUUGGUUAGAACUUUUAAUUUGAAUCACCAAUACUUUUUUCCUGUGUUUUUUUUUUUUUUUUUAAUACUUUUAUUUCAAAAACAACCUUAUUUAACUAGAAAUAAAAACCGAACAAGUUUUACUUACAAAACAUAGACAAGAAAUCAAAUAAUUCCAACGCGUUUUUAAAAUUAAAAUUUCACUGGGUGAAUUUUACUUCGGCUUGUCGGUGUAAAACGGCCGUACGCCCUACCCCUAAAAUGGGUGUCGGACAGAAAAACGGUGGAAAAGUCUAAUCAUUAAGGUGACCAUUAAAAAGUAAAAAAAAUAAUUUUCAAAUUUUACCAAAUCGGAGAAAAUUUGUAAAAAAAAAAAAAGCCUCCCCUCAAGAACUUAUUGCAGUUUCGUAUAAUAGACGCAGCUUAUUAUUCCGCGAGAUUACCGCGAUAUAUUUCCUAGGUAUCCGUGCAAUUUAAUAUAAGUAGAUUGAAUCGUUAAAAUUAAUGUUGAGAGUGUAUAGGACGUGUAAUAUUAUAGUCGUACCUGUUACCUAUAUAGGAAGGUACCUAUAUGCAAACUAUAGGUUGCAUCGUUUUGUCAUUAAGACGUUUUAAUGAACCGUAAAAUACUAUUAUUAUUAUUAUUAUUAUUAGUAUUAACCGACGACGAAGGCGUAAAACCAAGAGUAAUAAUAAUAAUAAUAUAACUUGAUCGUAACAAUAUCGAGUCGGCCGGCGGCGUAAUAUAGCUCUGCGGGGAAUUAGCUGGUCUCUGUUACGACAAUAUUAUAUUAUUAUGCAAAGUACUACAGCGUUGCACUCGUAUAAAGAUACAUUUUAAAACAUCCAAAUAGAGGUACGGGAUAAUUGCCGAAAUAAUUAUCUAGAUGGGCAUAAAAUACACCGUGAAAAAUUAAUUAUCUAGUUAGAUAAAUUAAAAUACCUAGAUAAAUUAAUCGGGAACUUUUUAUGCGGACAUCAUUUUGUUCGUUACCAACCAUUGGCUGUCAUAAAACCGAAUGCUAAAAUAAUGAAUUGCGUACGUUUGCUACGCGAUAUUAAUACAGACAUAAUGGAUAGAUAUGCAUUAUAGUUUAUAACAUUUCGUAAAGCACGCGUGAUUCACGUGACCCGAUAAAUUAUCUUAUUAACCCGCGUGUUCAUAUUAAUUGACUGUAUAUAUUUUACUUGGGUAUUAUUUCUAAAAUAUAAAUAUAUUUGUUAAGACUUUGGUACCCGUCUGUAGAUCAAUUAAUCCAGAUUAUUCGGUUACUCGAUCUCGGAUGAUAUUCAGGUAACGGCACAUUCGGUUCAGAUAACUUAUUUCUAGUUUAUUCUAUAGAUAACAUCGAAGAUGAAAAAUAAAACGUACCCCCUGACAAUGAAAAUCACACCGCUGAUCAUGCGUUCUAUAUUGUUAUGCAAUAUAUAAUUAGACCUUACCAAACGCCGUGUAGUAUAUCUGUCGUCUUUUGCCAUCAACUAACGUGGGUUCGCAGCACAAUGACGAAUACCGCGACAUUUUUCUGUUCUUAUUAAAUCGUUACACACCCCAGUUUAUUUUUCGCAAACUUCAUAUUAUUCAGCUGACGUUUGGUUUUCACGAAUCGUUUUCGAAUAAUAUGUUUGCGUGUAUUAUUAUUAAACAAACAAGAAACAACCUAAAUGGUUUUUUUUUCAGCCAACAAAAUAACCGCACAAUUAUAUCUCAUUCAGUGAAUAAAAUAAUAAUAACAAUAUUGUGUUUCGCUUUCAUUCGAUGCGUAAAUCAGAAAUAAAAUUAAUAUAAUAUACCGUUUCGGAUAUAGUACUAUAAUACAAAUAAAAAAGUAAAAAAAACAAAAUAAAUAUAUUUUACGUACAUAAUAUACUACCAAUAAAAAAUUACUUUUAGAUUCGGAGCACGUAGCGAGGGGUUUCUAUUGGUUUCACUAUGAUCGACAUUUUUUUUUAUUAUUAGUAUCUGUAAACAACUUUUCUACCAGAAUUUAUUUUUCUUGAGUAUUGAGUAUAGUACCUUUUCUGAAAGUAAAUUUCGUCUAGUUGGUGUAUUAAAAAGGUAAUUUUUUGAUUUUCCAAGGGGUUUUUAAAAUAAUUGGGAAAAAUACAUAAGAAUAUUGUAGACAAAACGGCGAAUAUUUAUGGCGUUAAAGUUUUCAUUGUUUCCGAUUUUUAUUUACGAUGAUUUAUUUUGUUUUAAUUAUUUAUUACGCGCGGUACGUUAAUAUCUAACACUAUAAAAUAUAUUGAAAGAAAAUUUUAAUUAUUUAUCUUUUUUCAUGUUAUCUUUUUGGCAUGCGCCCACUUACGUUUUUCGAUUCAUUAUUAUAAUUAAAAUCUCUCUUCCUUAUACGUAGCUACGUAUACGUAUAAUAUAUAUAUAUAUAUAUAUAUAUUAUAUUUUUACAGUAUACAUUUUUUUAUUUUUUUUUGUUUUGUCAAUGACCUUAUAAAAGAACGAAAGAGUAAUGGAAUAGCUCAUAAAUAAUUGACGACUCGUGUCUAAAGUCCGGCAGCACUUGUCGCACAACUUCUCCCCCUCCUCCUCAUCCAAAAAAAAAUAAAUAACAACCCAGUAAAUAAACCCCCUACUUGUUGACGUCUUUAGAGCAAACGUAACAUAUAUACAUACUUCUUAUCUCGGGCGUCAUAAGUCCACUGCAAUGAAUUUUCUCUCGGCGUGAAAGCCUUCCACCGCGAAUAGUGUGAGAAAACGUAGCCGUUUAAGGAUAAAGAUAGCGAUUCUUCAUUAAUAUUCAAGUACGAAGAGCUGUUGACCGUGCCAUCUUGGCGUUUCCCGAGUCAAAGAAGUACUAUAUAGGUAUAUUGAAGAGUGUAAUAUACAGUAGACGUUGUUUUAGUUAUUAUCUCGCGGUCCAUUAAGAGCGAAUAAAUUCGCUCCUUACAAUCUUCUAACGAAAAAAAUAUUAUUAUAAUCAUACGCGAAGCGUAAAAAAAUUUAAUUAGAUUUUUCGGAAAAAUACAAGAAAUUCGGAAAAACGGGAAAAUUUGAAAUGAAUCUUUCUAAAAUUAAGGGAAGUAUUUACAAGUUUUUUUGUUUUUUGUUUUUUUUUUUUUUUUAUUAAAAACAGAAACUAUAUAAUACGUCGUUAAGAGUCGUUAAAGGUUAGAAAAUCCCGUGCCUUGAAAUGAACGCCCCGUAAAAUGCUGUCCACUCGUACGCGUAUACUAUCCUGAAAUCGAAUGCAAUUCGAACCACUGGUCUAGUGGUCCGCGGUCACUAAAUGACAGUUAGUUCAUCGUGACAGCAACGAUAUCACUCCCCCUGCCCUCCCGUAAUGACUGUUCUAAAAGGGGCGCCAGCGCGACAUGCAAAUUCUCCCGUAUUUCCGGAAGACCGUCGCGUAUACACCAAUAAUUUCUAUAAAACCGUUUUCGUUUUUCCCGUUUUGCAGGGCGACUUGUUCGGCGGUCUCAACGACGGCCUGCUCAGCAGAGCCGAAGUGCUCGCCGCCGUGGACAUGGGCAAACACCACCAUCAUCACAAUCAUCAAUCGCCGGGACCGGGCAACGGCAACGGCGGCGGCCAAGGCAAUGGAUCGCUGGGUCCCGGAUCCACCGGAUCGCCCGGACCGCUCACUCAGCUCAAACACGACGUAAUGUCAUCGUACCACCACCACCACGGCAUGACCGGUGGCCACUCUGGAGGCCAAACAAAUCACCGGGGUCACCAGGUAGUUAUACGCACGAGCCCAUGUAAACCGUAACAAUAAUAUCAGUGGUUGGUCAGUGGCGUACCGAACAUUAGCGUUUUUUUAGAUGAUUUCUCCUCGGGGAAAAUUUGAACGGGUGAGCAGUCGACAACCGUGUAGUCGUAAAUCUGAUCGUAAACAUCGAAUGGUUCGUGAUCUGAAUAACCGCGAUAAAGCGCAACGUAUCUCGUGUUAAAUUUUUCAAACAUUUUGCUCGAUCUGAAAAAAAUUUAUCAGCAUAAAAUCAAUUAAAAACCUCAAACAUUUCAAGUAGCUGUAAAUAUCGCUCAACAGUUUCGAAAAUAUUUUCUAAAAUUGUACUACGUUUAAAAAGGCCUUAUGUAUAAGUAUUCUGCGAAAAUUUCAGAUGUAUACGAUUUUUGACCGAAUACACACACAUAUAGUUGAAAAUAAAAUCUAAAAAAAAAAAAAAAAAAAAAAAUGGAGAAUAAAAGCUUUAUAAAUAAGUUUUAGAAUAUUUUAGAACUAAACAAUGUUCGACACGCCACUGUUAAAACUAUAUAGGUUAAUAUAGGCAUAUAGGUAUAAAAAGGUACGUCGAGGUUCACAACAUUAAAAACGACGUUCAACUACGUCAUAGUUAAAUCGAAUAAUCGAUCAAAAUAUGUGAAUUUAAUUUUUAUUAAAUGCUAGUUGAAGUGUAAUAAUAAUAAUUUGCUGUUUUAUGGCCGUUUUGAAAAUCCGUCUUUCGAGAAAAGUAUAAUUUAUUAUCGUAUUAUCGCAGCAUUCUAAGAUACGUAUUCGUUUCUUUGCGCAAAAUAUACAAUGUCUAAUUUAAUAAUGCAUUUUAUUAAAUUUUAAAAUGAAUGUAAUUCAUGCUGACUCGCAUAUUGAAAUUAAUAGUAAAAGCAAAAAAAAAAAAAAUUUGACUAAAUUACUCAGUUGUUUGUGCGAAUAAGCAACUACAUAAAUGCUUAACAAUACUAUAUAAUCUAUAUAAUCUUAAAAACAGAUACCGUUCUAAAUAGUCCGUUUUUAAAAUUCCAGCAGCAAAAUAUUUAGUUUACAUAAAACUUUUCUACCAGAAAUCUUACUCCGAUCAAAACAUACUAAAAGACCUUUUUUGUAGCAUUUUGGAUCUAGUUGAUACAUUGUUUAAUUUUCCAAGCGGUUUUCAUAAUAAUUGGGAGAAUCCGGACAAAUAUAAUAAUAUAAUAAUAAUACGGCGGCAAAGAUUUCAUUAUUUCAAUUUGAAAUAGUUUGUUCGAUAUUUGUUUUCUAGAAAAUCGUUUGUUUUGCUCCAAAUAACUUCAACGGCAGUAACUUUUCUGACAGAAAAUGAUGUCUAGGAGGUCUCAUUUUGAUUUUCCGUGUUGUUCAUGAAUAAUAUUAGUGAAAAGCGUUGGAAAAACGAAAAAGUUUACGGCAUUAACGGGUUUAUUAUUUUCGAUUAUUUUUUUUUUUUUUUUUUUUUUUGUCAUUCAGUUAUAAGUAUUCAUAGGGUUCUUUUUUCGAGUUUAACCAACCAGUUUAACCCCCAAAAUCGUAGAAACCUAAAUGACUAAUCUAACCUGAACAGAAUAAUAUGAUACAUAAAAUGCUCUUACAUUUAAUAGAGGUUCAUUUUAAAUUUUACUUAUAGUGGUAAAAUCACUACUGGAGUUUUUCUGCAAAGAAAAACGAUAUGUUUGUUGUUUUUGAACUCGAAAUACACAUCUGCACUUGUACGCGUUCCGUUUUUUUUUUUUUUUUUUUAAUUGUGUUUCGUCCCCAGACAAUAUAUGCUCAAUAAAAUAAAAACAUAUUGCAUAUUCAACCGAGUCGUUAAAUUUUUAACGCAAUAUUUAAAACUUCAACACGAAAACACUCGUCAAGUAUACACGUACCCGUAUGUAUUAUACACGAAGUCGUUCGACUGUAAUUGUCGCGUGCGUUGUCCGAGGAUCGGUAUUACCGGUAAAUAUUACCAUUCGAACAGUAUUGAUGAUAAAAGUGAUGCCUGAAAUUCUGUGUUGAAGCGUACGCCGUAUGUAUUUUUCGGUACCUUUCUUAUUGACAAUAAUUAAAUUCGAGUUAAGUAAUUAAAUUGUAGUACUCGAUAGUACUCGUUGGACCGAAUCGAAUCAAUUGUACGUUACCGUAUUGCAAUUUGAACGUAAGGAUGUGCGGAACACAAAAAUAGAAAUCGACACGCGGCCGUAUUCGAAACGACAGAUAAUAAUAAUUGUCGUCCGAUCCCGUUUAGAGACUGAUGGCCGGGGCGUUGAGGCGGAGUCCAAGGGGUUUGAUCGGCGACGACGGCCGUUAAGACAAACGCGCGCUGUCGUCGUCGUGUACGCGGAGAUUUCUCUCAUUAACAGUGGCGGCGGCGGCGUCGUCUGUUCCGUCUAUUAUAACGCGCGCGGCCGUUUCGUCCCGGUCGGCGUCCCGCCGCCGCGCCGGAAAUACGUUCCUCCGCGUAGCCGCUCCGUCAAAGUUGUGUCGGUCCAUUAACUUUCGGCCCUCCCGGAAAAGCGGGAAAAAGAAAAAAAGAAAAAAAACGCGCGCGCGGGCGAGCGUUCCGGUUCCCAGCGGAAUAUCCUCCGCGCCCGUAUCGACAUAGGUGUUGUUAACGCGAGCGCGCGCCCCGGGACUACCGCCGCCGUCCCUUUUCCGCGGACGGGACGCGGGGGACGGGGACCGAGUUAACGAUGAAAUAUACGUCGCGCGGGGCCGCCGCGCCGGGCGAUGCUGUGACUAACGGGUCGCCGCGUCCUUGUCGCCGCGGCGGCACGAUCGCGGUGCGCGGCGGCAAUUACCUCAUUACCGAAACGGCGCGUGUGCGUGUGUGUGCGUGUGUGUGCGCGCGCGCGUGUUCGCGUGCGUGUGCGUGUUCGCCGCCGCCGUAACCAAUCGAAAGGGGUAAACGGGCGACGGCGGUGACGAGGGCCGAGUGCGUGUGCACGCGAAGAGGAGCCGCGCACCUCCGUACGCGCGCACGUACACAAUACGGUACGCGAGAGAGAACUCGCGCGAGCGCGUGUAUAAUAACAAUCCGAAUCAAUUAUUCAUUCGAUUGCGUUUGCCGUUUCAUCCCUCGCGCGACCGCCCUCGACGACACUUCUCCCCCGCCGACGGCCGCCGCCCGGCGCACACUCUGCCGACUGCGACGGCGACGGCGACGGCGACGACGGCGACGACGACGACGACGACUACUACCACUGCUACGACGGCUCUAAUCUACGUAUAUAUGCGUGUGUACGUAGACGUACGUAAUACGUAUAUUGCGUAUACGCGAGCGACACACGAAACACCGCCCCCUCACCCCGACAACGCGCCUCGAGUGUCCCGCGCUCGCGUGUCGCGCACGGUAACGCGCCACACACAGCGGCGCGCGUGUACAACGUAUACAAUAUGUAUUUACGUACGUGCAUAACGCGUGUGUGCGUGCGUACGCACAUACGUACACCUACCGCGUAUGUGAACGCGUGUGUACACGUAUACGGUAUGUCGCCCGUGACAAUAUUUUUCCCCGUCGAAUUGUCGCGCGGGCGCCCGCGUGUUGCGAACGAACCCUUAUCGCCGCCGCUGCCCCUACCCCCCCUCAUCGCCCUCCUGCCACGUCCCCCCCCCCAAAGUGCCGCCUGCAAUUCCCGCGACGCCACACUCGAUGGCUUUUUCUUUCCCCGCCGCCGUCGGUUUCUUUUACACAAACGCACGCGAACGUAUGAAAUGCAAAUUCCCGCGUACAUACAAUAUGCACGCGCGUCUUUUACCGCGAAUACACGCGUAUUAAAAUUCAGCCGCCGCGAGUGCGUCGGGCGCCCCCAUUCCGUAUUCUCCCCCUUAUUUUCUGUUUAUAUAUUCGGCAAUCUCAUCACGUAUUUGUUUGUUUUCGUUUUUGUUCGCCCUGCCUGUGUAACGUGUUACAAUACUCGGUAUUCCGGAAGUGCCGGCGCCGCGUUGUUAUUGUGUUCGUUAUAAACGAGACGCUGUCGGGCGGUCUCGUCGGACGGAUACCGCGACGAGAGUGGGGCGCGGCCGGGGGCCGUGGUCCUGGGGCACGGGACCGGAGCGACCCGCAGGUCCCGUAGUUCAGAGGAUUCGGGCCAAGGGGAACCGAUACACCGGACACACCCGUUCCUCUGGGCCUGUCAAAAUGCAUUCCGCCGCGUUUAGUUUAAUUGCCCAAUCAAUUGGUUAACGGUUAACCGAUUACGCGUUUAUCGCCGCGGUUGAGCUGCAGCACCACGAAAACUUAUCGCGUACCGACCGCGGUUCUCCGCCCGUCUAAUUUUUCAUCCCGGUCUCGCGCGUCCGUGCGGAUCGUAUCGAACGCGCGUCCACAUUACCGCACACGAAAUCCCAUCAGAAAUAUUGCGUUUUAGUAUCGCAUUGUUCGGCACGCUCAGUGCUGUAUCCGUUAUUUAAUAUCGUAAUCAGCGUUCGGGGAGACAUUUAGCGCUCGAAAACGUAAAAUCAUCCGUGAAGAAGCACUUAAAAAAUAUUUAAAAAAAAAGAAGCAAAAAUGCAGGUAGGGGAUUUUAAAAGUCCCCUCCAUCCGACGGUUCUAACUUAUUAAACGAGAUUAUCUAACGCUGCAAAAUUGUUAUUUUAUAAGUCAAAUAAGCCGUUAGCGGGGGGAGGGGGGACUUUUAAAACCCGUCUGCCAUUUUCCUUGUUUUUUUUUUUUUUAAAAUAUUUGCUAAGUGCUUUUUCGAGGUUUUUUGACGUUCUUAAGCGCUCUUUAAGCUCCGAGUGCUCAAAGUCCCGGGUCUCGAUUUAAUUAUCAAAUUGUAUAAUUUGUUGGAUUAAAUAAGUGUAGAUUACGGUGUACACAUUGUUAUUAACGUUAGAGUUCGUAUCGGUGAAUUCGCAGAUUUGAGAUGUACGAACUCUGAUCAAAAAAAAAAACAAACUCGACAAAUGGAAACCGCGCUUUAAACGGAUCGAUCGUCGCAGCGCGAACGAACGGGUACGCAAUUAUUAAUAGUCUGAAAUCGUGAAUAAUAAAAUUUCGGUGUUUGGUCAUAAAAAAAAAAUAAUCGGACCGCGCACAGACCGGAAAACGGCAGCCGUCCGCGUUGUUUCGGUAUAAUCAAAGCGGCUCGUCCCGCGAAAACGAAAAGUCGGACGAGACGAAAUCGUUUUUCGACACGGGUUGUUUUUUUUUUAACAUUUAUUUCGACGUCCUACCAAGAAUCGUGAAUUUAGCUAUUAUUAUACACCCGGCCGUUCCAUAGUGAUUUAUAGCCUGCAUUAUAAUCGCGAUAAUAUGUUUAGUGUCGGUGCAGUAUCAUAUUACUUGGCUAUCGUAUUGGCUGUCCGUCGCCCGGCGUGGCCCUUGCUAAUUUUUUAUUCUUUUUACAUUUAUUCCCGCUUCGCUUUUGCGCGCCUCAGUAUAUAUCGCACGGUACAGUAUAUAUUGAUUCAGGUUGUGUUCUGUUUUGCGUUAUUCGACAUUUUUGUCCGUAAUGCGUUUAUUCGGUUUUAACGUAAUUUUGGUUUUAUACAAAUGCAUACUGUACAAUUACAUUUUUCCGGAAUUCGGUAUUCCGAAGAAAAUAUUUUUUCAAUAUUUGUUUGAUUACGGAGGAGGAUUUUGGUUGUGAUUAAACGUGCGGCACACAAGUGCUCGCCUACGUUCUACGACCGUGUACAAAAGCUUUUACGGACAAUCGCCUACGCAAACGCUUGUCCUUGAUGUACACGGUUAAUAUUUUCUAGUGACGUUGAAGUUUUAUUUCGACGCCAUUUUGUAAAUAAAAGCGCUUAAGUGGGAACGAAACGCAGGGAAUCGUCUUUCGUCAACAACGGUUUUUUCGUUGCUUACCGAUAUAAAUGAAAUAACCUUGUGUAUCACAACUUCCCAACUUCCCACCCGCACAAGUUGCUGCGCCCACGUGCGAAGUAUGUCCGUCUUUUCAUGAAUUAUAUUCAGGUGAUCAGAUCCGAGAACUUUAGUCCUUUUUCGUACGUGUUACGGCGUUAAGGCGUUUAUUAUUUAAUUUUCGUCGGCCGUUCCCGCGGUACUCGUUUAGGUGACCGACGUCCCAUCUCCAACGUACGAUACCGAUAACCUGUACGGUAUUACGCGGUAAACCGCAUUAUAAUCCGUUCUCAGCCAAAUAAUAAUUAUUGCAGUAGAUUGUGAUUGCAUACUGAUGGCGGCGUUUGUGUUUAUCGUUUUCAGAUGCACCCCGGUAUGGACGGCCUCGACCUCCUAGAACCCAUAACGUCGUCGACGAUGACCACGCUGACCCCGAUGUCGGACGGUUCCGGACACGGGCCGCUCCACCCCAGCGUGUACGGCGCGGGCAUGAUGAGCGGCCACCAUCACCACCAUCCGCAUUCGGGCGCCGGGCCCAACAAUCAUCCCCAUCAUCAUCACCACCAUCACCAUCACCACGCGGCCGCAGCCGCGGCCGCGGCCGCGGCGGCCGGCAUGAUCAGCGCCGGCGGCGGCGCGGCCGGUCUCCAGCACCCGGACACCGACACGGACCCCCGCGAACUCGAGGCGUUCGCCGAACGUUUCAAGCAGCGGCGGAUCAAGCUGGGCGUGACGCAAGCGGACGUGGGCAAAGCGCUGGCCAACCUCAAGCUGCCGGGCGUCGGGGCGCUGUCGCAGAGCACCAUAUGCCGGUUCGAGUCGCUGACGCUGUCGCACAACAACAUGAUCGCGCUCAAGCCCAUACUGCAGGCGUGGCUGGAGGAGGCGGAGGCGCAGGCGAAAAACAAGCGCCGCGACCCGGACGCGCCCAGCGUGCUGCCGGCCGGCGAGAAGAAACGGAAGCGCACGUCGAUAGCGGCGCCGGAAAAACGAUCGCUGGAAGCGUACUUUGCCGUGCAGCCGCGACCGUCCGGCGAGAAGAUCGCGGCGAUCGCGGAAAAGCUGGACCUGAAGAAGAACGUGGUCCGGGUGUGGUUCUGCAACCAGCGGCAAAAGCAAAAGCGCAUGAAGUUCGCGGCCCAACAUUGACGGGAUUGCGCGCGCCGCGAACGAUCCCUUCCUACCUAAACACGUGCUCAUUUUAUUUGCAUUAACGAUAACAAUAAACGAUUAACGGUAUUAACGUUUCGGAAAAAACACAAAAAAAAAAAACAAAAAAAAAAAAAAAAAAAAAAAAAAAAAAAUAAUAAUAAAAAAUAAUAAAAAAAUAAUACAAAUUUAAAAUUAUUUAUACUACACGCGCUGUGGUCCGAACGUCGUAAUAUUCGUUACGACCGCGUCAUUAGCUACAAUAAUAAGCUUCGAGAACGGUUUCUGUUGAGUUUUGAUAAUUUUUUUUGCGGCAUAUUAUAUUAAAUUCCCGCGCGUUUCCGUUUUCGGCACGCCCACACUGCGUAGUGUUUCGCGAACAAUUUACUACAAUUACGUUAGCGAAACCGAUGUACAAACUAUUUAAAUCCGCUUCUCGUAUACACUAAGAUAUAAUCAUAUAGCAUAAUUAUUGAAAAAAAAAAAAAAAAAAAAAAAAAAAAAAAUUCGUCACUAUUAUGUUCCUAUAAAAACGUCGUAACGAAGAAAAAUAAACAAUACGCUCGUCGAAUUGUGAGACCGUUUGUCGUACCACUUGUGCGUCUAUAACACGUAGGUUCAUUACAUAAAAUAUUCUAUACAUUGGUAGGAAUAUAAUUUUUGUUCUGAUACGAUAACGAAUAAAAUCGAAACCACCCAAAAGUCUCCGUUUCGGGUUCACUAAAAGGAAAAAAAAAAAAAAAAAAAAAA